CCCAAUGCAGCUUCAACGUUACAUGGCUCAACUUUAGAUACGAAGAGUUGGUCCCUGAAAGCAACUAAACUGUUUCCCGACAUAAUGCUUGACUAGGACAGGAAAAUACUUUAUCCGAGUGGUCAGAAGAAACUAUCUAAAGCACUAGUCCGCUUGUCGUGUUAGUCAGCAUGACAGACUGGGUCAGUCUGUGUGUCAUUAGCCUGUUGUUGUUGUUGUGUUUAAUAACAUUAGCUUGUUACUUUGUGUACUCAGGACUUUUGUCAGACGUCGUCGUGUUGACAGGCUCUCCGCCCAUAAAGAAGAUCACAUUCGCCUACAAGUUCACACAAGGGCCGUAUAAAAACUGUGGACAACUUUUUAAGGAGUCUCACAGAAUUGGACCAAAGCUAUCAUGUAUUGGAGUAUUUUAUGAUGAUCCAAACAAGGUAAACUCAAACACCAUCCUUUAAUCAUUACAAAACAAUCCUGACACAGCUGGCCUUUUAAAAUUAUAUGUAUAUAUAUUUGGCUUUUUUGUAGCAUUUAAGGAUCAGGAAGGUCUUCUAGGUGAACUAGAUUGUUCAGUAACCAGUAGAUGGCGGUAGUGCCAUUCUAUUUUAACCAGAGAAGUAGACAGAGAGGGAUGUACUAUUACCGAACACAAGUCAAAAUUUGAUGGUUUAAAUCAUUUUCUUUGUCUAGUUUAAUUUUCUUUUAUAUCCACAAAAAGCAAUAAGUGUCAAACAAUGAGGCUCUACUCCUUGCGUUCAAUGAUCUAAUGUUCUGGCUUCUCUCAAAUUGUCACAUAUUGUGAAAUUUGGCACUGUCUGAUAAGGUUUAUAUUUCCCUUUUAGCAACUUUGUGUACAUCCAGCCUAGAGUGCAGUGUUUUCUGUUAUUUCAGAUGCCAUAAAACAAUACAUGUGUGCAUUUGAGGUUGUCUUUAUCAGCUGACGUAGCCCUUUAAUGCCUGACACCACAAUUUUAUGGCCUGAAAAUUCUUUUUUUUGGAGCUGAAAUGUUUAUUUCACUUACUACUGAAAACCAAAAGAAUCAAAAUAUCCUUAAAAUUUAACAAGGUUCAAGGUAACUUUAUUGAUACCUGUAGGUAGAUUUGUUUUGCAGUCUGGAAAGAGGCAUUUCAAGCGUUAUGCACAAACAUUAAGAACACAGGACGCAUGCAGCAGACAGGUUAAAAACAGCACAGACCAAAGACAUUGACAAAUAUUUAACUCGUUUGAUACAUUAGAUGUUUAUGGAAACUAAUAAACUGAAAGACGACAUUUUUAUCAUUAAUCAGACUGUAUUCAGGUGUUUUUUUUUUUUUAUAAUUUGUUGAUCAUAUUGAUUUGAUAGAAGUAUAUAAGAGUAUGUAUCAAACAUGAUACAAAAGGCAUUAAACUGUGAUCACCGUUUACAACCAUCAGUGACAAUUAACUCACAAAAUAAUUUUAUUUAACCUUUAUUUAACCAGGUUUGUCCCAUUGAGAUCUGAGGAUCUCAUUUGCAAGGGAGACCUGACUAAGAAUGGCAGCAAAACACAGUUACAACAAACAGUCACACAGACUCAAUACAGAAUAAAAAUAUGAGGAAACCAGUUAAAACAGAGACAUUCUGAGAGUUUGUACUCCAACCUUUUAACUGCAGAUUUAAAAACAGUCAAAGACACCAAGUUUUGCAGAUUAAAUUCAGUCUGCAGAUUAUUCCACACAGGGGGCGGAGAACCUGAAAGCCUUCUUUCCCAUUUCAGUUUGGGGAUCUGGGGACAACAAACUGUAUAAAUCUCAAUGAUCUCAGGUUGUGUAAUCCGUCCUUUAAGAUCAAUAAGGAGGAGAGGUAGUCCGGAAUUUUUCUAAGAAUGCCUUUGUAUAAUGUAUAAUGCAACACUUUGGGUAUUAAACAUAUUUGUAUGAGCGUCUUUACCACCAUGCCAGUGUAGCAAAAACACAAAAUUAGUGAGCUGGACCAUGCUGUGAGAUGUCUUCCUACAUUCCCAAUGGUUCCCUGUGUGAACUCAUUCAUCCCCCAAAUCUCAGUGUCUAUAAGCAGCAGGAUAUAAUAUCUGCUGGAUAUGUUUUGAAGAUACUAAAUCCUGCACACUGUCUGUGGUCUCCCUAAUCCUGUGGUGCUGGUUCCCACAUUUUAAAACAAAGCGUCCAGCAUGGGUUGUUUUUACAACAGGCUCUGUCCAAACAGAAAAAAGAGGGGAUGGAGCAAAAAGUAGCUCUUGGAAAUGUUUACACAGUACAGUAUGAUGCAGUGCAUUAAGGUUCAGGUUACAGGGAUGGGAAACAGAGGGCUUAGGGGAUAUGAUCUUUAGUAAUGUGCAUCUGCUAAAACAUAAGCCUAUAUAAAAUGUAGUAAAACAUGCAGCUGUCUCAUAUUCCCAGAGCAAACUGUCCACUAACUAUACGGACAGAUAGUGAGAUUAGAUCACACUGAGAUAUCUGGUGUGAUGUAGUAUGGUGAUAAUUAGAUAAAACAACAGAGCAGGAACAAUUAGAUAAAUAUCCAAUCAGCUGAUAGACAAUCAAUCUGCAAUGCUUUAUGAAAUGCUCAUCCUUUGACAGCUUUUCAGGUGUAAAGACCUUUUUGCUUUUCUGAGUUUUAACUCACUGAGACCAAAUAUCUGUGACCCCCUAAUUAGUUCUGCUACUUAGUCAGCUUCCAUUUAAAUGAAAUGGGUAGAUAAACAAUAGUCAGUAUAACACAAUCCACUUCAACAACACAAUGAAGCAACCAUCAUACAGGUCAAUUAGUACCUUUUAUAAACAGUUUCAAAACAAACCAAACAGUUUGACAUUUUCAAAAAUCAUCCACUGUUGGGAUGUUGCUGAAAGGUAGCAUUUUAGAGGUUGUUUAAAGUAAUCUGGAAUGAAAGUUUAAAGCUAAGUGAAUAAUUAGCAGGUGGAGCUAUCAUUAUCAGUUAUUAUCAAGUUUGGCCUUCUCCUGAUAAUUCUUUCACCCCUUCGCUGACACUUACUGCUGUUGAAAUGUUGGAACAAAACACUCUGAAACUCAAUUCUAAAGCCCCAGUGAAGUCUAUAGGCUUCAAUAAAGAAAUAAAACAGUAAAAAUGUAAUUGUACAAGAAUAAAGUCGUAACUAUAAAAGCAUAAAUUCUUAAUAACAGAAUAAAGAUGUCAUUUUGGUCUAUGGUCAGCCUGUAUUUGACUAUAAAGGGUAACGUUGCAAGGAAAACUAGGUGCCUGCAUUAAAGUGAGGAACUUCUUCGCAAUAAUUGUAUCAUAUUUCUAAGUUUUUUGGAAAUCUAUAUUAAAGUAUCACUUGACAAGAUGAUUCCCCAUUUUGAUGUGGGCAGCUGGGAGCUCUUCCAAUAUUUCCCUUCAAAGUAACAACCAGGCUAAUCAUUGACUGACACUUUUAUUGCUUUGUUAUCAUAAAUUUGCAACUUAAUAUUUGUGAUACUAUGACUUUAAUCUCCCAAUAUUACAAGUGUAAUCACACAUUCUCAAAACUUCAUUAUCAUAAUAGCUAGACUGUGUUCUCAUUAAUUUACAACUUUUUUCCUCUUGGGACUUUUUCCUCCUACAAUUACAACUUUGUUCAUGAAAUCUUCAUUUUUACCUCUUUGAUGUAGCCCUAAUGAGUUAACUUUGCAAUUACAUUGUCUCAGUGCUAGUUAUCUAUCUGAGGCUUACAUUAUCUACCAAACUCUGGGCAGGUUUUCAGCAGUAUUGACUUAAGUAGCUCUGGUUAAACUGGCCAAAGCCCAAUACACAGCGACCUGAUGGAAUGUAACCAGAGUUCAGUGGUGGACACUUCCCAGCUCUGCUUCAAAACCCUUUUUGUUGUGCUCAUCCUCUUUUAUUUUCCCAAGCCGGCAAUUAAGCUAGCAGCGGGUCCUGGUUCCUCUGCGCACUCACAGCCAAGUCCUGAUCUAUGUUAAAAUAAUUGGCGUAAUGAUCUCAGCUCAUUAGCCCCCAAACCUCAGGAUGCCAUUCAGUCCCUUCGUCAGGAGCCCUGGAGAGGGCUCUCACACACAGGAGGGCCGGUGUUUGGUGUCUAAAUGCUGAGAGACUGUCCAUUGAUAUCAGCGGUGAGAACUAUUUUCAAAAAGUGCAGCUGACAGAGGAGGAAUGUCAGCUUGGCUAUUCUCUUCCUCUGUUCUCACUUGUCUCACUUUUACCUCCUUUAAUCACUUCCUCUUGAGAAACAAAAGACCUCAACAAGGAGUGAAGUUAGUGCUGAGAUGGUUGCUAUGGUUACAAGGCUGGAACUGCUCCUUCUGCUCCUUCAAAAAAAAAAAAAAAAAAGAAGAAAAAAAAAUCUCAGCUCCCACUCUCCAAACUCUCCUCUAUCAGCAGCCUCUUCACAGUCACAGAGGCAGGGGGGAGUUUCUGACCCAGUGUGCUCACUUCACCUCUACCCUGCAGCUCCCCUCUACCCCUUACUCCUCUCCCCCUCAGCGUGCAACUUUUUCCACAAACAGAAAAGGAGGGUUAGAAGGAUGGAUCAUGCAGUUUUCCGUCAAACCCAAUAUUGCAGCUAGGAAGUGAUUGCAGUCGGGGGUUGGAAUCCCUGAGAUGAGGAUUGUUUGCAUAGGAAGGAGCUGAAUGACAAGUGGACUUGUGUCGAUAUGACACAAGUCCUCCACCCUCAGGGACCUGUGUUUGGGUCAUUAUAUGAUGAAAGCUGCGGGCGUAGUUGCCUGCUAGGAAAUCAGCAUAAAUUCUGAGUUUGUCUUUUUGGCAAGUGAUGAAAUAGUAGAAAAUCUCUUCAACACGUGCCCUCUCAGAAGGUCAGUUAAACACUGAAAUGCAAGCCUGACUUCAUCUAACGUUAAAUUUUUGUGAAGAAAGUUUCCCUUUCUUUCCCAUCUCCGUACCAAAGUCAAUUAACGUGCAACAGAAACACAGGGACAAGGCUCCUUUGGUUGUGCUUCUUUUGCUUCAGAUAAGCUGUCAGUGUGUUGGAGACACUUCAAAAGACAGCACGCUUGCUUCGAGAUGAGUCCAGAGAGGAAAAACAAAGAUUGUGUGCGGACAGAAGCUUCUGCAUUUGGCUGCAGUUCUUUGUUGUGGACUCCCGGCGUGGAACCCUGUGAUGAUUAAUAAAUCUUCUUGGCUCAGACUUCCCACUGUGAGCCCCUAAAACAUCCAAAGUGUCAAAAAUAUCCCCAUGUGUAACCUCUCCCUAAUAUUCUUCUUGUAAAAAUGAUAACCGUAAACCUAAAACUGUGUUUUUGAUGGUUUUUUUUCUUAUUGCAGUUAAAGUUGCUACUUUAAGUUGAAAUUUAAUGAGCAGAUGGAGAUAAUCAAUCGUCUCUUUUUCCGUGAGGUGUUUUUGAACACACCUUUCAAUCUCCACUGAGAAUCCAAGCUUUAGAGGAAAAACAAGGAGUGGCUAGCCUAAAAAUAUCACUUUAACAAGCAUGUUUAAAAACAAUAUAAACUCACAAGAGGAAAGAAAGUGUCCAAAAGGCAAAAACUUCCACUGGAACAUUUUUGACGGACCCGCUUCUUCUUUUUAUGCGUUUAAAGAAAAUGAAAAUGUCAGGAGAAAACAAUGCGCCUACCUCAGUCUUGUCAACUGGUCUCGAGUUGCCUGAACGCAGGAUUUAUUUUCCCAGAACUUGACUAAAACUGAAGAAUCUCUACCCAGAGGAACAGAGCAGGAAACUGACAGCAGAUCAGAAAAAGUCGCAAAAACACAACAUCUGCCCUUUCAACUAUUAUUUUCCUUUUUUAGAAAUAUGAGUCAUCCCAAACCUUGUUGUUGCCUGCAAACCUUCUCAUUAUCUGCCAGCUCUUUCCUCACCUAAUUGAUACAUCAUUGACUGUAUAUUGAUUUAGAGCUUUAUAUACAGCCAAUACUCACUUGGGAGAGGCUGCGGCUUGGUUAAUUGUCUAAUCAGUGACAGGCUACGCUGCUUUCAGACUUACAUUAUCAAUAUUAGUAUGACUAACUACAUAUAGGCAAGAAUUACAUCCACAAUAAUACCCGGGCUAUGAUAAUCUCUUGAUACUAGGCAGAUAUUAAUACAACCUUACUACUAUCAAGAAAAUAUGUGUAGGUGUGUACUUGUCUAUAGUGUUAUGUUAGACCUGGUCUAUGUGUGUAGCACAUUUGUUUGACCUUGUGUUGAAAAAUAAAAAAUGUAGAGUUCCCUCAACAAUCUCCAGAAUUCACAAGUCGCAUAUUUUCUUUGUGUUAAAAACUUAAACUGCGUUGAUGUGAGAAAAAUAAGCAUAUUCUCCUUCACUCCUCAUGACCGACUUGUGUGUGUUGAGAAGUGAAGGAGAAAAUCGUCAUUCUCCGACACACUCGCUGUGCUUGAAGCGUGGCAUUGAUAGGUUUAUGAACAAAUUGGACCAUUCUGCCUUGUUUAUUGCAUGAGCCUUCAGUGGUGCUCUGCUCAGCACAGUGGGGAGAAUGUCUCGGAUGUCCCAGGAGUAUUCAUUUGUGAGGAGUGUCUCCCUUUUCUUCUUUUUUUUUUAAUGGGCACUGGGGCUCUCACAGUUGAGAGGGAAGCAAUAAUUGCUGCGUUGCCAAAUGCUCCAAUUAAACUCCAAUAGAGGAGUAUAUUUUCUCUUUAGAUUUGGCACCUGCUUGACAUCAGAGUAGAGAACUUUUUGGGCUAACGCCUCAUUAUUUUGGGGAUCAUCUUUCCCUUAAAUUAAACACCAGUGUUCGUGACUCACCAGUCCCCAGAGACAGGGACUCUGGAUUUGCUGGAAGUAGUUGACAUUUCAGAGUUUUCCCCCUUUUUUGUGGCAUGUGUAAAAAUGAUGUACAGCCUUGAAAUUUUGUUCACCACUUCCUGCUCAUAAACCCUGGCAAACAUCAUUUGUUCUGUAGGAGCCAGAUAACAAUUGGGAGCAAUAAUCUGUGAGUGCUGUUGUCACAUUAGAGGCUCCGUACAAACAUGUUUUUUUGGAAUAACUAUAAUGAGUAGAAAGGGAUGGAUCUGUGUACUGCUUUUGUCUCUUUCAAAACAGUCCUUUUUUGUGUGCGUGUGUUCUCGUUUGUUGAUUUGUAUUCUUUCAUUUCUUUGGUCUUAGGUUCCCGGGCCACAGUGCCGCUACGCUGUGGGCAGUAUUCUGAGUGAAGGAGAGAACAAGGCAGAUGAGGAGCUUUUAAAAAGCUACGAGACCUCUGGCUUUAAUGUCUUCUCCUUCCCUGAAGUCACCCAUGUGGUCACUACCUCAUUUCCUCACAGGACAUUCCUCUCUAUUCUUCUGAUGAUAAGAAGAGUUUACCCAAAGCUGGCGGACUACAUUAAGGUAUUGCCCUUUUGGCUGUUGUUGCACCAUUUAUAAUCGAUUGAAUGUUUAAUUGCAAUAUAUUUAAAGCCCCUGUGACGAGUUUUGGAUUGAUUACGAAACAGGCCGAAAUGAACAGUGAUGAAGUUUCUGUUAUGUAAAAACGCAAAUGAGAUAAUUGGUGACAGGAUCAACAUUUUUUCUAUUGUAAUUUGCUGUGAAAGGGUUGGUACGCUAAUGAAACAGCGAUCAUUACUGUUUCUACAUUAAAUAUUCAAAUAAAAGUCAAUGGGCAGAGAAUUACUGUCAAUCAGCACAACUUUCAUCAGGAUUAGAUGAAACCAGCAAGAACAGAAGUGUUACCACUUUAUCCACAGGGCACACCAAAAUUAGCACCACACAAUGUUUCUCACAGGAGUUUUAAACUUGAGAGAAAGAUUAUUUCCAAAAUAGCCCUUUUUUAAAACCUGAAAUGAAAGACACCUGCUUCAUUCAGGGAAAUAAAUUUAAUAAAACUGCACAAGUUAAAACAAAAGAUUCAGAACAAAAGCUCAACCACAUGUUUUACUGCUUUUACAUCACAGGUGUACAAGCAUUAUAAAAUUGUAACAAGUGAUGACAAACACCUUUUGUUUUUUCUACCGAGGCUUUGGCUCCUUUCAGAAACACAUGCUGUAUAAUUAGACCAAAAGCUGGAUUAGAGUAAAGACAGUGUUGGCAUACUGAAUACCGGCACAGCUGGAAGGUAAUAAGAUAAUGCAAUUCAUCGCUAUGUCUCCAUGUACAAAGCAGCAGGUGAAUUUAGAGUGGGUCUACAGAGGCUUUGGCUCAUACAUGGUUCUGAGGCUCCAGCUUGAUUAACACAGGCAGAGACUUCCAGCUAACGUUCAUUACCAGUCCUAAGAACGUCUUAUGUAAAGUCAUACAUGUAUCAUUGUUAUUGCACUCAACAUCUGCUCAUGGAGCAAAUCAUAUUACACGGUCAGAACAGUACCUUAUUUGAAACAUGGACGUAGUUUUAAUGUAUUUCAUGGUUUUCAAAGAGGCUUUUGAAGCCCAACCAUGGUGGUCAGCAUCAUGGAAUUGAUAUCUCCAGCUAACUUAUGAUCAAUCGGCAAAGAGGCGAAGCUGAAGAAGGCCUUAAGCCUCCAGACAAACAGGUACAAUGUGGCCACCUAUGUAUAAACUCACCAAGCCCCCAAUAUUCAUGUAAAUAGAUGCAUGUGUGCAAAGAACAAGCUUUUUUAUUUCGUUCUCAUGCAUUGGCUGGAUUUAUUCUACACUAGAGGUUGCCGCUUGAUCUGAAGAAUGUUACAUAGAAGUUUGUCCAACGACUAAUUUCAUUCAUUAUUUACAUGGAGGUGAAUAUAUUUCUUUAAGCUCCUAUGAGGGAUUUUUAGCUGGUCAUAAAAUGGACUGUGAUAAAAACGGUUCUUUCUAAUGAUCCACCAAGCAAAUAAGACAAUUUCUUUGUUGUAGCUACUAAUGUCAAUAACCAAUGCAAGGAAUUGGGGUUAAGAUCAGGUGAUUGACAGGUCACUCCAAAAAAACCCCACCAAAAACAAACAAACAAACAAAUGAUCUUGAAGUUAUUUACAGGACAUUUUGCUUAAUUGAGUGGGAAAGCUGAAGGGUAGAGAGUGGGGGAUGACGUGCAGCAAAGGGUCAUGGCCAGCCACAAGGCGGUAGCAUCUACACAUAGGGCGUGUGCUAUAUGCUUGGCUAAACUGGCACCCUAUAGAUAUAAGAAACAGCCUUUAGUUACUUUUCCCAUAAUGUAUAAGGGCAGUGAGUAAUCACAUUAAAGUGAGCGUUUCCACUGGUUGAGUGCGAUAAGGUAAUUGGAACGAGGUGAGUCAGCUUCGCAUCCGCCUGAAAUUUUCUGUCUCGUUAUUGUCAGAGCCUGUGACAUUUUUCCAACACCGGCCUCUUAAAUUGAGCGUUUAACACAGGCGUGUCAUAAAUACAGGUAGAAGAGUUAUCAGUGCUGUUUUAAUCUACAUCAACACUCACUGAGUGACUCUUGUCCAGUCAGAUUGCCUGCUUGUAACUGACUGUUGAAUAACAGGAAGUGACAUUUGCAUGAUUCACUGUAGAAAAAACUGUUAAGCCAAGGUUUGUAUUUGCAAAAUGGCAGUACUACAGUGUUAUCUAAAAUGUUGGUAUAAAACCAAGGUUAUGCUCUUGGCAUCAGAGAGAAGCACAUUCUCUCUUCAAAGACCCAGCAACAUCAGCACCAGCACUGAGCACUAAGCACACACCAUAUACUUCUCCCAGGGGGGGUCCUGCUAUGUUUCUGUAUAGAGUCUUGACUACACACUGAGUCAGCUCAUAAAGGCCCAUUAAAACACUCACAUAGAGCUCAGUUCAAAGAUAUAUGUAGUUUCCUUCUAUUGUCCAAAUUUCAGCUCCAUUCAUGAAGGAACAUUUUUAAAAUUUAAAAAACUCUUUCCGAUUAAAUAACCAAAUAAAUAAUUAAAUGAGACACUGUCCGUGUGCUUAUUUUAGCUGCAGUAAAACAGUAAUGGAUAUGUGCAACCCUGAAAUGUGUGUGCGAGUGUGCGUGAUAGAAUGAAUCAUCACUAACUCUGAGGUGGACUCGAGCAGUAGGAAGGAAAUGAUCGAUACAGAACCCCAUGAUGGUCACGUUCAUGUCUGAGUCAUACUGUGUGCUUCAGAGCAGCACAAUGUUAAAAUGCAGUUUGAGGAAAGCUCGGCACGUCAAUUUUCUUUUCUUUCUUACUACCUUACGCCUUUCUCCCAUCAUCCCCUGGAGGGUAGGGAGGUUGUACAACAGGGUGAAAUUUAUGGUGAGAAAAGGAAAUGGAGACAUGGCAAGACAAAGAUGACACAUAAAGUACGAUUUAAACUGAUUUUAGCACUUUGAGAUGAAUGGUUUCAUUGACUUCUGCUAGAGGAAUGCUGGGAAAGUGAGUCAUUGCGUUAAGUCAAGAGUUUUGUGGGUAUGGUUUAAUUAUGUUGUGUGGUAAAAAACAGGUGGCAGCACCACAGGUUGUCUCAAUCACUCUGCCUCUGCCGGAGAAGCCUGUUUGUGUGUCCUUGCUGGCUGCCUCUACCAUCUGCCUGGACGCUGUUUCAAUCUGGCUCUGCUCCAGUGGCACUUAGCCUGUCUGAAAGGUCAGAAUCUAGCAUUGCCAAACUGGACAGCAGUUUCUAUAACAGCCAUAUCUAAUCCUUUUUUAAUCUCAUUUUUACACUUGCUGAACAUAAUUUACUGUGUUGUCUAAAUGUACUUGGUCGUAUUGAUAAAACAAACAUGUCCACAUUGUUGGAUGUCAGUCAGUGCAACCAGUUGUAAUCAGUUUGGCAGCAGAAAACACAUGCUGGGGGGACACUGGAUUUGCUGGGGUGCAGAUACCUGCCACUCUGGGAAAUCUCUGGUUUGGUCGGCCUUGUAUCCAAAGAUGGGGUAAUAAUGUUCCAAUCACCUCGUCCUUAGCAGUGGCUGUUGUGUAUCACUCUCCAAAAGACCUUGUGAAGACCUCAUGCACAGCUGCAGCCCCCGGCUCGGCGUCUCCGCUGUGUGCAUCACUUUUAGCCAGUUGGUUUGCAAUGAAACAUGCUUCAAACAUAAAACACCGCACCGGUAGCUCCAUGUAACAUGAGCCAAGACACAGCCAGACUCUUGGCUCUUACACAGAAACAACAUAGACAGAGUGUUAAAAAUUCACAUUUUGGCAAAUAUCGAUGUUUUGUUAAAACCAUUUGGCAUUGCACUUGUGUCUGCUGCAGACCGACAAAGAACAUAGGAGGAACAGCACCUGAUCACCACAGUUGUUUAGUUCUGGUCUGUGGUCUGUCUGUGAGCUUUGCACCCCUGACUGACAUGCAGAAAUGUUUGAGAAAAUCCAGAGGGCAGGAUCUGUGCAGGGACAAACACAACCACACACUUAAACUGGAGUGUGAGUCAUAUUUUAAAAGAGUUAUUUGAAAAUUGCAUCAUUGUGUCUAUAUUAACAGUAUUUCUAUUGAAAUUUAGUGUUCCAGUUUUUGGUGCCAAGGACAUAGAUUCUGUGGUCCUGCUAUCAAGACUGGCAUUAUUGACAAUAUCCCUAUUAUUGUAUGAAAGUAAAAAGAUCUGUUAUCGUGACAACUUGAUGCUCUCAUCAGUUGGAUUUGAAAUGUUGAUUGAAAUAGUUUUGACUUUGUUAGACAGCAAGUUGUAUUCUUGGCACCACUUUCAAAUUGCAAUGCUUAUCAUAUUAUUGCAUAUUGUAUCUCAUCCUAUCAUGUCCAUAUUCUGUGACAUGUAUCGUAACCUUAGGUCUCUGCCAAUACCCAGCCCUAGUGAAUUAUAAAAAUUAAAGCCUUAUGAUGGUUUUGAAGGGACAUUGUUGCUUAAGUAACGCACAAGUCUUACAAUAAACUGUAUCAGAACUUGCUAAUACUUUAAGAAAACAAUAAUGAUCUCAUACUGUUAAAACACUCCUUAAGAGGUGAUUUUGCAGCCCUUUUUUAAAUUAAAUUUUAAUUCUGUCUUCUCACUAAGUUAGAAACUGAAGCCUUAUAUAUGUUAUCAAACUCUAAAAAUAUUGAAAACAACCCUGUGUAUCUUGCAUAAAACUCAGUUGCACCACAAGCCCUCAAAUGACUCAAAGUUUAAACUCAUUCUAAAAAAGUUUCAACUGAGGUGAACUCAAAACCCUCAGUGAAAGCUUAGCACGCCGCAGGCUAUAAUAUUAGACUUCCUACUUCUAGCUGUACCGAAUCAACUCUAUGAAGCGGGGUUAUGUAGUAUAAAUGUGUCAAUAAUGGUAACCUAUAUUGGUUUUGCCCACUAAGUCGCAUGUGGGAGGCUUUCUGUCCUCGUCCAUCAUUGGCCCUCAGGCUGUAAUUGAAAAAUCCCACACAGUCUCUGAUCUCUCUGUUGACCUGUUCUUUAAAAAAGCAGAGUGUGUGUUAGAUUGUCUGUUAGACCGUUUGAUACUUCUAAAAAAGGUGGUAAUUGUAAUGUAAUUUGGUGGUUAGAUGGACCAUGACCUCAGGGAAACUUGAUUUUGGAGUUUUGGAUCGGGGGUGUCUCACGUUGGACGACACAUUCUGGCCAGAAGCAUGAAGCAAGUGAGAAACUGAAACCCAAGCCCAGUGGUCAUGUUGAGAUGCAGGGGAUGAAAUGAUGGUUUAAUUUCAAAUUUAGGUUACAUGAACUGCAAAAAGCCACAUAGCUUUAAAGCUAUGUGGCUUUUUGCAGUUGAAACCCUUCUUUAAAACACCUAAACUUUUUUUAUAGCUGAAAAUGUUCACAUAGUAACGUUUAAAAAUGGUCUGAUACCUCAAUGCGAAAAAAUCCAGAAUGUUAACAGCUAUCAAAUGAAUGAAACAACUCUGCAUUUGAAAAUCUUAGCUCCAAAUCACUAAAUAAAUAUAUGCCAUAUUUACAUUUUGUCCGGGUGGUGUACACUGCAAACUUCAGAAGUCAAGAACAGCCAUGGAUUUUUCUUUCUUUCUUGUUUUAUCUUGUGAUAACAAUGUAUUAUCUCGUUAUCUCAACAUAAUAAAGAUUGUUUUCUAGUGUUAACGGAAAUGGCAUUUUAGCUAUCCAAAUAUGCUAACUUGUAAAAGCGCCCUUCAGAGUGGGAUGUGUCAGAAACGCCACAGCCACCCUUGUCAAUACCAAGCCAGGGUUUUUGAUGAAAACAUUGACAUCGCACUCCGCUUUGUGCAUGCGUGUUACACUUUCAUCAUGGGAAUAUGUAACUGCCAUGCGCGAAUCAGACAGCAACAUUAACAAUAGCGGACACAUUAUUAAUUAUUUUGUUAUCACGAGAAAACCGUAUUUGUUUUGUCGAGAUAACAAGAUAAUAAGUGGCUAUCAUGAGAUAACAGUGAAUAUAAAAACCUAUGGCUGUUCUCGUCUUUCGUGGCAAACUAAAAUUCAAAUUUAGAACUUAUAGAGUUGGUUUUGGUUGUGAAUGUUAAAGGCAAAGCGUCAUUUGAAGUUGGGUCCUUUAGAAGUACCUACUCCCUCAACUAAGAGCUUCAACUUAAAGCUCCAGUGAGGAUUUUUUGAAAAGGUUAUGAAACACACUGAAAUGAGCAGUAAUGUGUCUCUAUGGCGUUCAAAAGCAAGUGAGACUACUGAAGUGAAGGUUAACCAUUUCUAUUUUGUCAAUCUUUACGCCUGUACCUGCUUUGAGGAGGGUGGAUAGGCUAAAAAAAUCACUUGAGUUACUAUUCCCACAGAAAACAUUUAAAAUGAGUGAUUAAUUUCACUGUAAAAACCUAACAGGAGAUUUUUUUUUUAUGUCAAUAAUCUAUUUCAAGGACAAAACAAAGUCCGCAGUGAUAUAAAGUUUACUGCUUUGUCCACAGAGACUACCAAAGUUUAUAGAGACAGAAAGUUCCUCAUAGGAGCUUAAAGUAUUUGUGUUUUAACCCGUUUUCAAUAAAAACAACAAAUUUACAUUAUGAUGAUAAAAUACUUCAUGUAUCCAUUAUUUAAGGUUGGUAGGUAAAAGAAUACGACAUUAAAAGUAGGAUAAGGCGCCUAUAAGAGAAGCAGCACAAAUGUUCACAGAUGGCUUUCUAAAUGGGUCUCUUUUAGUGAAGCCUGCUGCUGAUGGCUGACACUUUGAAUAUCCCAAGUGGUGAGACCUUUUCAAACCGGCUCAUCAGCAUUAAGCAUGCUCGGCUUGCCAUGGCAGAAUGAUUUCUGUCCAUCAGAAGGUUUGAGUUGCUGCCCCAUGGCCCGGCCCUGAUAUUUGCCUAGUCAGACCAUCGAUCGGUCCUGCUGUUUUUCCUCUCUGCCUUGGCUCUGUAGCGCUGGGCUACAUCACAGACGCAUUGGCACCUUGAGAUUUGAUUCAAGCACUGUGGCCGGGCCUUCAGACUGGAAGAGGGACGGGGUUUGGAGGAUAAUAUUGCUGACAUUCACAGAGAUCUGAAGGUUUGUGAAAGGCAGACGAUGGAACAUUUGUUCGCUUGAGGGCACUGAAGUUUCCUGCCAGCACAGGGGUUCUGGGAUGAAUAUAAAGCAAGUUCCUCUUUGUUCCAUAGUAAAUGGCCUUUUUUUUAGAAACUGACACACAUGGUAAAGUGCUCAUAAAUUCCUCCCCGGCACAAAGGAGAAGGAAGUUUCAUUUUUCUGGCAUAAGGUGAUGCCUCUCACAGUUCCUGUUUGUGUCAUGAGAGUGAUGCAAAGCAGUGCACAGAUGCUAGUCCGCAGGGCCUGUUAAACAUGCAGACUUUUGGCUAACUGUGACGUACGUUUGGAAAGGUCAGAAAAGGUUGUGAUUGGAUUUAUAUGCUGGACAAAGUCUCCUGUCAGUGAAAUAUGCUAAAAUAUUUUGAGGAAAAGCCAGGUUUGAUUGUAAGCGCAAUUCCAGGGGCUUAUAACUUCUUGAAAUGUUCUUAUUUAGAAAAGAAGAGGGGCAGUCUCAUAAAUCAUGAACUUCUCUUGUUGGGUAAUGCUUCAUAUUGGUAGGAAGUUAAAUUCAAAAUCUCCUAGGACACUUUUUCUGUAAAACUGAGUUUUCCAAAGUAUUCAGUUUUCUUGUGUCUGUGUCAGCCGUGAUACUAAUGAGGAGCAGGAAUCCCGCCAUGUGGCUGGAAUGAUUUAUCAGCAAACUGUCAAGGUUUAUAAAGUCUUAUAUUUCCAUCUUCAAAACUGCAAUUGUCUAUGAGCUUCUACCCAAGAGAAAUCUGUGAAAAUUAACAGCCAGUAUAUGUCCGUCUCAUUGAUUUUUUGCCAUUCAGUUUCACUGUCCAAAUAUUCUUCAUUUGAACGCACUGAAACCUCAGUUCCCCUCAUACACAGAGACAUGUUGGUGUCUGUUGAAAUACAAAUGCAAUAAAAGAAAAUGUCUACACAGAUUUUUUUUGUUAAAUGAAAAAUAAAUGUUGAUUAUAUAACAAGUAGGGCUGGGGGAUAUGGGAAAAAGUUUAUUACUAUAUUAUUUUCAUAUCAGUCUAUUGAUACAUAUCACAAUAUUAUAAAUGAAAUGUAACAGUGCUUAUUUUGGCAUGUUUUUUUGCAAUUCAAUAAGCUACUGCAUUUGUGAGGUUUUGGUGUCUCUUUGACGUUUUGUCGUAAGGCGUUGCGCUAGAGAAAGCAGACUGAAUGAUUGGCUGCGCAGGCGCCAUGGGUUCCUUGCUCCACUUGAGGUUUGUAACCUUUUGCAUUGCGUGUGCUCUGCUGUGUGGCACUGCUUCAGGUGGUGAAAAAGAUUUGAGGUAUACCCUGACUUUGCAAGAACAUGUUCUCGAAAUAGUUUGGAGUGAACAUUACUCUGCUUCAUGUCCAGCAUCAAAAAAACAAAAUACCUCCACACCACCAAAGUUUUCGUGCCAGUGUUGGUGAUAAUGUUGUCAUCUGUUGAGCCUUCAUCUGCAUUUCUGCCGGGGGUAGCACUCAUUUUCUUUUUUUCUCACGGACAGUGCUGUCGGCUUCACAUGUUAAAGUGCUAUGGUUGCGUGUAGCUGCAGUCUGCUACUACGCAGUUGUUUGCUACUUGGUUCUAAUUCAGCACAUGAUUGGUUCAGUAUGAAUCCAACCUGGAGCAACUCCCCUUUUCAUAGGCUAUUGGUAUAGUCUACCAAAACAUGGCAGAAUGCCGACUAUCAAAAAGCAUAUUGACCAUGUUUUAUAUUGAUAUUGAAGGAAAUCAAUUUUCAAUAUAUAAUGUUAUCGUUUUAUUGCCCAGCCCUAAAACAAGUAUUGCAUUUAUAUUGUGAUUUAUAGACUACUGAGAUGACAAGCAUGGAAGUCUUUCUGGUCUUACUGGACGGGAUAAAAGAAUAAAUAUAUUUAGGUGCAAGUUUUGUCAGGUAGAAUACAUUAUAGUCAAACAAAGCAGCAACAACUGCAUCCAGGAAGAACUGUAGUGUUCAGUUAGCAAGCAUCUUAGAUUUGAAGAAAGUCUCCCAGAGACUCAGAUCAAAAAGCCAAACCAUUUAUCGACAAAAUCCCUGAAUUUACAGCGCUUAAUGACCCAGUUUUUUCUGAGGUAGAGGAAGAUCAAGGGUUUCACUAGCUAAUGGCUUAUUUGGAACAGUAUUCAGAGCCUCUGCUACUCAGCAGAUGUAUCCCCAUCCUCUGUUUUAUACGAUCUCCACACUCAUUCACAGUCUGAUCAACAACAGUGUCAGUUGUUCUACUGCAGAUAGUUUGAUGGCUCAGUGGCUGGAUGAGGACUUGCAUGCAUAAAGGAGUGCUGUGGUUUGCUUCAUUACUUUUCCCAAUAAGUAGGAAUAAUUUGCCAAGAAUAAGCACUUUGUUUGGCACAAACCAGUUGGGUGUUGCACUUGUGAUGGUGUCACUUCUGAAAGUUUUGUUUCCAUCGAGUUCAGGGAAACUUAAGCUGUUUUUCUAUUUUCAUCCUAUCAUUAUAUCCAUGUGAAAUCUGUCUGCCAUAACACUUUAAGUUUGUAUUGCACCUGUUAUAUACCCAGUUAUUGUUCCUGUCCUAUACGACUAGGUCAUAGGACCCACAGGACACAUCAACAUGGAGGUAGUACUGUAUUUAAACCACGUAAGUUACAUGGAUGAUUAAGUAGGAUUUCAAAACAUUCUAAUACCAAGACCUCAGAUGUCUGGAUUUAAGUGUAAGGUGUUAUUUUAAAAGUAGUAAUCAUGAUAAUGUACAAAAAUAUUGGUAUAUUGCAUCAUGACCCUGCCAGCUCACUCGUCCCACUAGAGGCUCUGUGGUGUUUGCCUGUCAAACAUGCUCAAACAUGACUUUCAUCCUGCAGCAGCUGGGAAUCUACUGUUGGUGUUAAAUGUCACAUCUACAUAUGAUUGAUCUGAUUUAAACUUUAUCUUCUGUUGAUCUGUCGCUCUGAAUCGAGAUCAGACAGCGGGGUGUGAUUACAGAGUAAAAAGGGGAGUUAUUUUGGGAUAUGGGACAAAUUGUUUUGUGCCAGUAAACCUCUUAUUGGUUACUUUGGAUUUAAAAAUUUAGUAUAUUGCACUGCAUAUUGAUACUAUUAGGCUGCUAAUAACAACUAUUGUAUUUUUAGACUUAAAGCUUCUGUGAGGAGUUUUUGAUUAUGGUUAGGAAACUGACAUGAAAAAUGGUGCUUCUCUAUAAUGUGUAAUAGCAAAUGAGACCAUGACAAUAAGCGACAAUUUCUACAUUGUAAUUUUAAAUGCCUGUUAUGGUCUAAAGAGGAGGUAAUCUGGGAAAACAGCCUUCGCCACUUUUCCCGUAUAACAUUCAUGCUGAAUGGGCUACUUUUUUGGCCACAGAGGGCGCCAAAGUAACCACAUAAAGAAAGUCCCUCACAGGAGCUUUAAGUUUGUGUCCCUCAAAAUUAUCGCAUACUUAAACCCCAUUUUUUACUAUCUUAUGAGAUAGUUUCUGGAAUAAUUGCAACCCAAAUUUCUCAAGAAUCCUAUCAUAAAAUGUUCACGUCUUUGGAGACGUUUGGACGACAGUUGAAGCAUUCGUAAAAUUUAAUUCCUUGCAUAAAAAACAACAACCCUUUAAAAACUCUGAAUCAUUUAAUCAACCCUGGACAUGUUUGUGAUUGGCUAAUUUACCAAUGUCUUUAGCUCUAUUAGGCCUACAUAUUGCAUUUACAAAACUCUAACACCUGAUCACUUUGUCUACCUGUGAUAUAAACCAGUCCUUGUAAAGUAGGAAAGAACACACAAACACACAGUUGUGCACAAACACACCAUAUUCCAACAAUUUGGUUUGUCUUCCGUUGCGAUAUGCAAAUUAAUUGAAUUUGCUCCAGUGUCCUCUGGAGGGAUUUUCUGAAAAAGCAAUCCAAUAGGCAAUUUUGAACCAUUCAAGUAUGAGUCCGACAGCAUGGUGGGGGCACCUAUCCAAGUGCAGGGGUUUAGGACCCCAGUGAGCUAACUCAAGAAAUUGGGUAAGAUAAAAAAGAGGCUUAGGACUUAACUGCUUUAUUCAGCUGAGUGACUUUCAAACAGCCCUUGUUCAUUUGUCAGGCCUGAAUAGGUCUGUGUAAAGAGGGUUGUUGUUUGAGUGACACUUGGAUUGUUCAUACUGGCAGCGACUACUGUCACUCAUUAUGCCCUUGGACCCUUCAACAGCGUCUUUCCUUUUGAGGCGUUGAAUUGAAAUGUAGACUAUAAAAGGCUGGAGCGAUACUGUGCUCCACCAUCUCCUCCUCCAUAUGAAGCAAUACGACUCUUAGAGAAAAGUCUGAAAGGACUGUGCUGCCAUCGAGGAAACACUGCUGUUCUUGUACUGUAUUGAAAGCCAAAGCACAAAAGAUUACAAAUUCUGCAUUACAAUAAUAUGCAGCGGUUACUGAAUGUUGUAACAGAAGUGGCAUAAAAGGGAAGAGAGGAUGGAAGAUUAUUGGGGAGGUGAGGGUUGCAUUCCCCGUUGAGUGUAUCCUCUUUUUUCCUACAGAUUACUGUCAUUGGCACAGGCUCCAGCAGGCAGUCAAAUGUCACAAUCUCCUGAAUUACAUGCUGUAUGCUGCAGCUGAUUGCAGGCAUUGCAGUGCCACUUGUUUCACACAUUUAAUUAAACAUACAAGCCUUGAGAAAAUGCUUGCAGUCAGCCGAAAACUGGAUGCAAAGGUCACUCUUAGCUUUUUUACUAACAUGUGGGACUGUACUGCCAUCACACAUCAAACUCUGACAAAGUUUACAAAGCUUUCUCUUUGACUCCUUGAAGAGCUGCAUAAAAAUAAAAAUGACUUUGUGGCCGAGCAGACCUUUUUAACAUGUUCCCAAUCUUUACUCUAGGCUACCAAUUUUGGGUUACAGUAGCUGCUACCAGAAAUAAAGUUACAAAAGGAGUAAGACUGAGGCUACAUGAAAAUAUGCAGAACAACCUAGUUAGUAUCAUCUUCUGCUGCUAACAUUUUGGUCCUUUUCUUACUAUAGAUAGUAGAGUUGUAAAGUCCGAUUCGACUGGUCGACUUAUUGGUCGAUAAGUGCUGAGUCGACCAAAAUUCUGAUUGCUUGACUCGAUUCUUUUCUGUGUCAAUUUACAGUCUUUGGUUAAUUUAAUCAGGAGGAAUGAACCAAGUGCUAAUGGGGGUGUUUUCAGAGCACCCCCAUGAGGUUACAGUGUGUCUCAGAACACCCCCCUUGUUUUCACCAUUUUCGAUAUGCUCAACCCACUGGAGACCAAGAAUUUCUUUGGUCGACCAAGAAUGUCUUUGGUUGAGUACAGCCCCAAUAGAUAUUUAGAAGUCUAAAACAAUUUAAGUCACAAGGAUGCUCAAAUUUGUGCCACAUUGGCUUCCACUCAUGUAACCAACAAAAUCUCUGAGCUGGACGUAAAAAAGGAGGUCGAUUUUGUCAGCAAUAAUGAAACUUUGCUCUGCUGUGAAUAUUUUGCCCUUUUUUUUAAUCAUCUACCAAAUUGAGUCAAUGGGAUGUUUAACUUCGGCCACAUCAGUGUUUACUUGCACAACCCCCACUGGAAUUUCAAAAGGGACAGGCCUGGAAACUAAACAAAGAGGUGCUCAUCUGAAAAGUUGAUUUUGUACUUUUUUUAUUGAGUCAAUGAAAAACACCUGACAUUAGGACACACAGUUCGACUAAUCUGUAAAAUCUAAAAAGUCCUUUUGAAGCCACAAAACAAACAUGAUAUUUGCAAACAUUUGUAUCCUCCCCAUUAGUUAACAGCCAGUGAAGUGCUCCUAGUUUUGGAUUUUGAAGAUCAGGUGAUGGUUUUAUUCCAAGCUCCUUUUCCAUUUCCCUCCUUUAGAAUAAGAAGUAAUUGUCAUUUAGUCUUGCCGUUGGCGUCUGUUUUCUUGAGCCACUAAAAAGGGGUUGUUGUUACCAGCUCUUGGCUAAAAAUUACUUUUGAAGUCAGGUUGUCUUAGUGGCAAAUAUUUCCUGGUGAAAAAAACAAAUAGAUAGCUUUAAUAUGCUUUUUAUUCGUUGUUACAUUGCCUUCCUCACUGCAAGUAUUAUGCAAUGGAAAUGUGCUUCAUAUGUCUUUUGCAUAUUUACUGACCCAUAUAGAUUGCAAGCUGACCCCAAACAUGCCUCAGCAAAUAUUAGCAGAGUUCCUGAGUGACAGCUCAGCUGAAAACAGUUGAUUAUAAUAUACUCAUAAAUUGCUAUAAGCACUUUUUCCACAGAGUGAAUGCGGUUGCAUUUAGCCGUGACACAAGAUUUAUGGUGGUUAUAGCUGUGCAAGCACAGGCAGUAUCAUCUUUGAUUUCUUUACCCACCAACACACACAAAUAUGUAAAUUAAGAUAUCUAAAAUGUAAAUACUGGGAACAUUGUACACACUCUGUAGUGUGUGUACUGUACUACUAAAGCCUAAAGCCUUUGAACCUUGUGGUAGUAUUUUAUAUGAUAAAGGAAAGUUGUGCAUAUGUAAAAGCUUGCAUUUGAGAUCUCUCUCCAGCUCAGAAAUGCAGAAAAAACCUCCCUGAAUAGAGUUCUGUUCAGCCUUUAGAGUAGACAUCAUGCGGUCACCCUAAAGGAAUAAACCCUUAAGUAUUUAAUACCAGAAGUUUACAAAGGCUGCUUGUUUGUUUCCAGCAAACUCUUCCUUGGCUGCCUUUGCUUGUCUUGAAGAUCUCUAGAGGUCAAGAUUUUCCACCUUCUAAGUUAAGAACUUGUACACCCUCCAAGGGUUGUACAAAUAAGAUGAGUUUUGUCAAGAAAAGAAAACCAACUGCAAAUUCUUAGACUUUUCUAAUACUAAAGUUUUGUAGUAUACAGUUAAAAUCUGCAUUAUGACAACAGAUGAUUGUUUUUCUUGGCUGCUAAGGCCUCUAAUUUGUUUUUGUUUCAGGAAAAGUCUUCUCUUAUAAUUAUCUGCAUUUCUGGCUCCGGUUCCCUUAUCUUAGCUUGUAGCUUCUGCUGUGAUGAGUGAGCUGGUGCAAUUGCAAUUAGCGUCCUCUCAACUUUUGAUCUGUAAUUUUUCGGCCUCUUUCAGUGUGACAAAGCUUGAGUGGUUAGUUUUUAGUUGAUAAAUGACUUAAGAAAUCAAAAUACAGCUCUGUGCACAGAUUAUCUGAAUCCGGCACAAUGGUUGGGGGCACUUAAAUGCCACUUUGUUCCAUCAACCGUCCUCUCCUCCGCUGACAGUGUCUUCUCUUCCUCAGGGGAAAAGAAGCCGUCACUGAGGCAGAGGCUGUUGUUUGUGUCCAUCUCAGCACCCGACUUAUCAUUUGUCCGCUGUGGUCCCCUGAAAAAAAAUAAAUAUAUAAAUAAAAACAGAAAGAGACUUUGUUUUUGUGACUCUCUCUCUGUGGGCAGCAGACUACAACACUUUUCUCUAUGAAUUGAGCAGAGGCUUUGUUUUAUACUGACUGACAAUUUGUCUCUGAGGUAGAGAAAGGUUAUUAACUCUCGCUCUGAACUUUCUUCUUUUUGUUUUUGACAUAAGUACAAGUGGACACAAAUUGAGGCUUACCUGGGGAUGUACAAGGAUUUUUGUUGUUAUGAGAAUUGCCAAAACUUUGUGUUUGGAAACAUGUUUGAAAAUAUUGUUCUCAAAAUUAGGACUCGGGGUGACACAUUUCAACCACAAUGUAAUACUUUAAUGCUACAUGGUGGUACAAGGAUGAUAUUCAUCUAACAAUGUGUUAUGAAUGACUAUAAAUGUACACAUUGAUACUUUUUUAGUCAACAUUUCACUGUGUGUGAUAAAUAUCUGGAUGUGCUGGAUAGUAUGGUUAGGGUUUGGAUUAUUACUGCAGUCUGUUGUUGGGACAAGAUUCUUGUCAUGAAUGUUUCAUUCUGUGCAUGCAUUAUGCAGUAAAGUGCCUUUACUUUUACCAAGUGACAGCUUUACAUCUCUCUUUACUUUCUCUUACAGUGCAGGUAUGCAACGCUCAUGCACUUAUAAGGUGUGCUUGUUGUUAUCCAGAAAUUCAAAAGAGAAAGUCAGUGCUUAUGCCUAGGGCUGCACAAUAAAUUGAUUUUAAAUCGUAAUCGGAUAAUUUGAUUAUGAUGAUGUUAAAAAAAUUAAAAUCCUCAAAUAGAUUUUCCUCUCUAUCAUGUCUCGUGCCUCCAGGCUACCAUAGGCUCCUCCUUCCUGCGGGAGCGCUCCCCAGUUCCGUCACACACCAGUGAUAAUAAACAUGGCGUUUGCAAGAGAAGGUGAUAAUUUCCUGGCUAAAAGGGGUAAUAUCAAGUCAGUCAUGUGGAAUAAGUACGGCUUCGCAGUUUUAGAUGAAGAGCAAACGACUCCCUGUUGCAAAGUCCGUCUGAAGGCGGUAUCAACUUGUCCUCACGGAAACGAAUCCAGGAGUGAACGCAAAAGUUUUUUGUCGUAUCAUCAUUUCAUCCAUAUGGAAACAGCGUUUCCGGUGACUGUAAAUGGUACUUUUUGAAAACGUGUACAAGAGUGCAUAAAUCCAUAAACAACUACCAUUUCAUCUCUGUGUGGAUGCCUAUCUAUAUAUCUUGAAACAAUUAUGUCACACACGGCAUAACUCUUUUAUGGCGGCUGCGUGUGUCCAGCCAUUUCCUUGGCAGCGUUAUAGCGCCACUUACUAGCUUGGCAUAUGCACUACAUCGUUUUCAGUGGUUUUGUUUUGACAGAUGAUAGAAAAACUUAUUUUUAAAGUGAAGUUUAGUGAAGUUGUUACUGAAUAAAAAAUAAAAAUAGAAAAUCAAGUUUUCAGAGAAAAAAAUGUGGAUUUAAUUUUUGGCCAAAAUUGUGCAGCCCUACUUACGCUGUGUUUUAUUUAUGCAGCAUGAGGUCUGACAGCUCAAUCAUCUUCCUUUGCUCCUUCUCGCUGGAUUCAUUCUCUGAGUCUGUAGCUUUAUUUCAGUCAAACCUCCGACAUUAACUUUAAAAUAAACCCAAGAAACUGCUGUUUUAUUUGGAUGCGCUGAUUUUCUCCAUUCAAAAUGUCCCAUUCAAAAGGUAUUUAAUUUAGUCCACAUUAUUAAAGUCUGAUGCCGUUUGAAGGUAAGGACAAAACUAGAUGCCAACAAAUUCAGUCGUCUUAAUCAGUUAAUAAGGUCAUUGCUCCAUUGUCGUGGUUUUGAUGUUGUGGAGCUAAGCUGCAUAUUCUUACACAUCUCACAUCUAAACUGGAGUCCAAAGUGCGGGAGCAUUUCACCCUAAUGCCUCAAAGAAAUGGGCUGCCUGCUAAAUACUUAUCAUAGCGUCACAUCUAUGAUGCACAAAAAGGCAUGUUGGACAUCUCUCUUUGAAACAUCAACAGUGACAUUUAAAGAUAUUUGCCUUGAUUUAAAAAGAAAACUUGAGAGGGAUAGGAAAUGUGGAGAGAGAGGGUUGGGGUUGACAAAUCUUUAAGGGAAAAGGGAUUGAUCCCACCAACUUAGCUUUUACCAACUUAGCUAAAUCAAUGCCCCCAAUGGUGACAUUUACCUCAACAGUUACAGUCUCAUCAUGCUAGUUUUCUGUCAUUUACAUUUUCAGUCUUGUCCAAACCUUUUCCUCUGAACUCUUGACCUUUUUUCUUCUGAUAUCACUGAUAUGGGCGUUAUUAUCUAGGUCUAAAGGCUGAUUAUAAAUGUAAAGCAGAUCAUGGCUUUUCUUAUGUUACAAGAAUUGAGUCUCAAAACCACAUGCUUUAAAGUUAACAGCAUACUACAGAUUAGGCUUUUCCUUGAUGGCAGUCAAAACCAGGUCACCGGUGUGUGUAUGUAUGUGAUCAGUGGAAGUACAGCUUGAAGCACUCUACUGUUAAGUGUGAAACUCAUGCCCUGGUUAACUUGACAUCGGGAAAACGGCAAACCUUGAGGUCUGAGGUAAUCCCUCAUCGCUGUUACGACUUUAACUUCUGAUGAUAAGUGCUCACACACUUUCUUGUGGAGUUCAGAUAGAGCAGUCUUAGAAAAGUAUUGAUGUGAUGGGAGACUGUACGGUGAUUCCAAGUGGUUAACAAGGAAGUGGAGUCGCUUGUUUUUGAUGAUUAGCAGGGGGAAAAUCCUCUUUCAUACAAUAACUCUGGGGAUGCACCACCCUGCAAUCAAUGAGUUUUAACAGUAUGCUUUUGACAACACACUCCCCAUAGCCCAGGCCAUAUUGUGUGCAUUAUCUCAUAGCACAACCUGUUCCCUCUCUUCUGCUAUGUUUCACUACCUGAGCAUGGUUUCAAAGGUACACAGAUCACUGGUGCUUUAUGUAAACCAUAUUGGAAGUGUACUUGCAAUAAUGUCUUUUUCAUGUUUAAGUCUUAACCGGCCACUGGGAUGUCAAACUCAGCAUACUCACUGUACUAACAUCAAAAGUCCAUCUGUCUGUCGCAAACCUUGUGCCACCGAUGUGACUGAUCAGACCAAAUCAAACAGAUCCGGCAUGACAGGGGAAGGUAUACCUGGGUUCCAAAUAUGCUAUUGGUCAGCAAAAUCCUUGGUCUACUACAUAGACUGUAUAAAGUAUGGACAACAUCACUCCAACUCCCAUCAUCGUACAAAUUUGAAGCCAAACUGCUCUCUGUAUUUCCGGGAUAUUCUCCAUUUCCUGAAACCAACAUUUGCACAGUAGCUUUCGUCAGGAGUGUAAUUAACUUCUCAAGCUUGUCCACAGUGCCCUCUGUUUCGCUAGAGGAGGCAGAAGUUAUGACCUAUACUGCAGCUCGUCACCAGAGGGUGCUGUUCCUGCGGAGGCUUCAUUCAAAUGUCCGGGGUUGUGUAUGGAAGUUUUGAGUUCUGUGUCACGUGGACUAACUGAGUUAGAAGCGUGUAAAAAAACACUCAACCUGACCCGAAAAAUGGCAAAAAUCUACUACACGUGACUCCGCGACUCCACACCGCGAAGUAGUGUCCUCUUUGUGGGGAUUCAGAAUAUGGUCACCAUAUGGUUGAUCAUUAAGUACAAUCAAUUCAGGGAUGUUGUCAUGAAUCGCGUUUGCCUAGACUCUUCUGCCAAACCCUCUGCAGUUCUCUCACAUGGUAACAACAGUACUUGUCUUUCUUCUGGUGCUAAUGCUAGCUGCAGCUACUGCUGUUGCGUAUUUCUUGUAUUUCUUCCAUUGCUCUGUGAUCAACAGACACCAAUAGAUUGUGUAGGCUUGUUGAGACUCAUCAGGAGUUUUCUGACAUUUGUGAAACAGACUGAAAUUCAGUUGAUGCCCUUCUAUGAUUGGCACAAGCUGAAAGUUCAAGUACGCAGACGCCGUUCUUAUCCUUGUUUUUAAUGGACAAAAUCUGAUUAUCAGACAAUUAGAAAAAAAAAGAUAUUCCCGUUGUUGGCCAAUGGUUUAUAGUUUUAUUUAUGUCUAGGCAGCUACAUAAUAAUCGCUAAGUAAUAGUGAUGUUUAUUAUCCUUUUGGUCCAUUAAUAUUUUAAGUGAUCAAUGACAAAACAGUCAUUACUUACAGUGUUAAGCUGUACUCUGUGCUGUGGUAUUGGACUGUUAUUGCUAAUAAACAGGACAGAUGAUGAGGGGUUAUUUCAUCUAUUUUACAUUGUUUAAUUAACUGUUAAAUUAACCGAACAUAAGAAAUAAUAGAUGUUGAAGAUAACUGUUACUUGCAGCUCUAACUGGGUGUAACAGGAAUUACACUCAGCCUCUGACAUUGUGCAUUACAGAUUAUGCCACAAAGACCUUGUACUUCUCAUCAUUAAAGGUUUUAGGAGAGCACAGCGUUUGCGUCUGAGAGUUUAAAGCAAAUAGCUCCACGGAUAAAAGAGAGCGAUACAGGAAAGCACAGCGUAGACGUGAUAAAUCAAGAACCACCUGAGAAAAGCUUUUCUCAUUUCUUUGUGUUUCUCAAGUUAAUGGCUCCUUCAGAGACACCUCUGGUAUCUUCUGCAUACAGUGCAAUCUUGAUUUGUGUCAGGCUUGAUUUUAGUUAUUCUCCUUCUACUGUUCCAGCACUUUCUCUGUGCUAGAACAAAUCCUCUGGUGCCCAAAUGUAUUCACUAUACUUGUCAAACCGUCCCUGUGUGGCUCUUUCUAAGCUGGUAAAAUAUCCCUUCUUUGAGGCAGAGUGCAGUCUUCUUCUUCAUGAGCACUUCUAGCUCCAUAAUGAAAGGAAACUUGCUCUGCUUGUCUUUAUCAUUGGGCUACUAUUGCAGAGGAGAAGGUGAAGUACAGAAAUACUUGUAUUUUAAAGAUCCACUCCGAUGAAAAUCUUGCAUUUCUUGUUGUCUAUAUGUUUAUAUGGCAUUUUUCUGAUGCUAGAGGACAUAUCAUGAGAAAACUAAGUGCAAAUUUACAUUUCUGAGUAUUUCUGCAAUCAAAUCGGUGUGAACCUCUCACUGACCCAGGUAAUUGACAUGGAGAUUUUCUAUGUCACUAACCUAUGCUCCACCCCCAAAGACAUUAGUGUCCUACCUGGCCCCGCCCAUGAUUCAGAGGCGACUUGCUAAUGAGCUACUGGAGCUUUGCAGAAGAAAAGCCCUUGAAAACGACAUAGAUUUCGUGAUUUUAGCUAAAAACUUCAAAAUCACAAUUGAAAGAUUACUGAUAACACUUAACGUAAGUUAUAAAAAAGCAAUUGGAGUGGGACUUUGAGAAAUACUAAAAAAAAUACAAUAAUCUGUAAAAAAUGUUAUGAGGGGAAAAGUAUGUAGCGUGUGAACAGUUGCCACCACUAUAACCUUUCUCAGCUUGUUUGCACUGUCUAUAGAUCUUUUAAACUCUUGACCUCAUACAGACUGCAUGAAACAGACUUUUAUUGUUAGUAUUUCCCCACAGAGACACUCAGUUUAUUCCCUGUGGAAUAAAAAAUAGUUGAUUUCCGGCAGCCACUCUGAUGAAAAGAAUCCACAAGAUUUAGCAGGAUGUUCAAUAAAAGUCUGUCAACAGAGAGUCCACAUAUGUGAUGGGAAUGAGACUGUACUGAUAUGUGACAUAUAAGGAAAGAGUCUUGGAGGACCUGCAGCCACUGAUGUCUAAUGUACUGUGACUAUUCACAUGUUGUACUGAUGAUACAACUUGUAUUUGCACAGUAUCUGUUUACAGAACAACAUGUAUAUUUAUUGGCACAAGAACUAUUUGUUCUCAGCUGCUGUCAAGAAAUCACAUAUGUAUUAACAUGGAAAAAUUGAUGAUGUUAUAUCUUUGGAGAAACCUAUCACAUUUACUCAAUUGACUUUUAUAUAAAAGGAUAUAUAUGUCCUUUUUCUGUACUUGGUGUUCCUCAGUGUGUGUGUGGACUUCGAUUUUCUUCGGUCUGCCUUUGCAAGCCACCCAUGACUCCUAAAUGUGAACUUAACCUUUGACAUGCCACUUGAGAGAUACACUGUGAUCCCAUGUCCACUCCACUCUCUCCUGAAGAAUAGUGGUCUUAAAAGGCAGCUUGCUUUAUAACAGUGUGGGACUCUGUGUCGCUAUCUUCUGCAAUCCAAGUCUGAUGUACUUUUUUUUUAUUAUCCAGACUGACAAUAUAGCUCAAGAUCCACAGAUAACUUCAGUUCUACAUAAACCAUGUACUUUUCUUCAGGUUGUCUUCUACCCAUAUUGCCAUACGAGGGCAGGGUUUGGGUCUUUCUUCUUUCUCAGGUAAACAACCCAGUAAUUGGUAUUCAGGCUUUUAGCAAUCCAGACCAUUUGGCUGGGCAAGAAUCUUCUCCUUUGGUUUCCAAGUGGCUCGUAUUGAUCAAGCACAUGCACUGAUUUUUAGAGCUAAGUCAUUCGCACACAGCACAUCACUCUCUAGUUUAGCGUAGAUGUCUGCAGCUACUCUGCUGCAUUCCUGCAGUAACGUCAAGUCAUGCAAAAUUGACAAUGCUUGAGAAAAAAACAAGUAUAGUGUUAGUGCAGACAGGGCAUAGAAGUCAAGCUCAGCUGACAGUGCAUCAGCUGAUCCAAACGCCAGCCCAUGUCAGCCGACAGCUUCACUGGUAACCCUUGUAACAUCCAAUCAGCAAAUGUAAGAACGGGUGUCUUAUUUAAACUGCUUCAGACGGCUUUCUCUUGCGCUUUCAUCCGUAACAACUCUACUACCCACCUCCACUCCAGCUCUCCAUUUAUGUCGGGUCUGAUCUAAUCAGUGUCAUUGCUCUUGUCACUCAUGCCAGCUCUGCUCUGCUCUGUUUUGGUUUUUGCUGCUGCAGGCUUUGCCAUUCCACAUACGCCUGUGCAAGAGCAGGGAUCGCUCAGAAUCAAGCCACACCAUCAAAUUGAACUACGACAUGAAAGUAAUUAAUUCUUUUGACGAACUCAGUCCUGACUGAACGGGCUGCUACAAAAGUAAAGUUUUCACAUUUGUGUUGUAUUUAAUAUUUGUUUCUGAGUGAACAUCCAUGCUAAAAGUGAAUUUAAAAAUGGUUAAAUUUAGUCAACCAUUUUUGGCCUUAUCGGUGGUGAGCGAUACUGUCAUCAAUCUCAUAAUAUGGUAUCAUGGACAUCAAUGAACAAAAAGGGAAAUUGAAAAAAAGCACAAGAUGUUUCCAAACAAUAGAUUUUUUCAGCAACCUACACUUCCAGAGAGAAAAUAGAGAGUCGUGAGUGCUCUGAGGCUCAAAGUGUGAUAAAGUUGCUCUUUCACAAAGAGAGAAAAAAAGACCCAAGGCACUCUCCCGAAGAAAGCAAACCUUCAUACAGAUUGCUUUUUCAUUGUGAAAAUGCUGAAAGCAUAGACCUCUCAAGUAAAGGGAAAAAAAAGUGGAAUAUCUGUAUUCCUCUUUUUUUUCUCUGAAUAACAUUCCUUUAAUGUAAUUUAAACCUAGUAUUUCACCAGUUAACACUCAAACGGUUUCUGAAAUUAUGAUGAAAAUCACUUUUAACAUUCCUACAGUAAUAAACUGGUAUAAUUGCAAUAUCAGUCUUUCAAAUCACUGUCGCUUUCACGCAACUAAGCCAUAUUAUCUGGAGUUUAUUGUAUGCAAUUUGUUAGAUAAAGUGACACAAGAAAGCACCGAAGAACAAGGGAGUCAUUGAACGUCAGCUUGUAAAAGGAGUCAUGUUAACAAAGCUUGAACUGUAAAAUCUUUCUUUUAACGACUGUUAAUGUGACUGUGGUAGUUUUAUCUCAGCACGGUUAUUUUUCCCUUUCAUAGCGAACUUAAAACAAAAAUAAUAUUGCUGUUUGUAGAGCUGUAAAGCUGUACAGUAUAUGUCCACUAUUACAGAGCCCUCAUGUCUUUCCAGGAAAUAGAGGCAUCUAAAGCCUGCGUGUGUAGCUGUCAUGUUUCAGAACCAGUAAUCUGGAUGUGGGGCUCUAAAAAUACCCGGCACAUUUUCAUUUAUUUAUCUAAGCUCACAUGUGAUGUAUUUGCACAGGGGUCCCAUGCAGAUGUUGUCCCUCAGGCUAGAAAGCUGGAAGCACAUUCCCCUCCUCAUGUAGACCAUCCUUUAUCACUUCCCCUGAGACUCCCCGCUGAGAGGCUACAAAUACAUUUAGCAUGAGAAAGUGCAGGAGAGGUGAUGAAAGCACCAUCUGCACACACCUGUGAGUGUGUUAAAACAUUAUUAUUGGUAACUCCCAUCGCUAAUUACUCUCCUUUUAUUUUUUACCUUUUGUUGCUUCAUAAUGCUUUUUUGCUAUACUUUAGAGUAUCAUAAUAUUGAGAUGAAUCUAACUGCUACCUCUAUAAUUACGCUUUUUAUAACCCAUUAACUCAGCUUCCACGGUGCCUUUGAAUUGUUCCAACUGAAACAGCAUCAAGCUUUGGCGCAGGCUGAUGUAUGUCUGAACAAACAGAGAUGAGUUACCGCUGUUCGCUCCAGUAUUCAGACUCUCAUUUGGAAAACAUAGAUAGUGAUUAUUCAUGAUCCACACACUGCAUUCCCAGGUAUUGUUGGCAGGGUUACGUCCUGUGAUUAAAAAGCACGCUACAACAGAAAAACAAAUGUAGAUACAUCCAGUUCUGACUCUUUUGAUUUUUAAUUUCUGAGCAUCAAAGCAGAGGUGAGGUCAUGUUGUGUUGGCUGUUGUUAUUUCCCACUUCUAUUUUCUUCAUAAUACUACUCUGUAAUAAUUUUUUUAUACCAGUGAGACAAAACAACAGAUAUCUUGAUCCAAAAGAAUUGGAGGGUGUAAAAAACUCUAACAAAUAACUGACUCACUGCCAUGAUCUCCAGGGCUCCUGAAGACCUCACUGCUGAGGGGAGUAUGGCAAAAACCGAAUGAAAAUCACAAUAAGAAGACCAUACACAACCCCCUACCCAAUUACACGAGGCUACCUUUCUCAGUUUGUCUUAUUAUCUCUAUCCCAGCUCCUCUGUCUAUGAGACACAGAAAUGAGCUCACUGGUUGAAGCUGUGACUCUAAGUGAGAGGUAAGCACCUCAUAUGCACUAAAGGUGCUCUCCAGCUUAAGAAAUAACUCAAUGAAUGAGUCGUCAGCUGUCAGAUGAUUAAUUUUCUUUAGUUCAUUAAUAUUUUCAUUAUUCAAUGAUUUUGCUUUUAAAUCUUACUAUGUUUAGCAAUUCUUAACCAUGUCUUUAUUUUCCAAUUCAAAUGAAUGACAUCAGUUAAUUUGAGUGUUUUGUCUUGGUUUAGUUUAGUUUAGUUCAGUGUAGUUUAUUCAUUUGCACAUGACAAAUAGAGAACAAUCUCAUGAUAGAUUUAAAACAACAUUGUGCAGGGGAGGUUAGAGUUGUCAGGUUCAGAUUCAGUGAGAUUUCCUACAUUGCAAAUCCAGGCUCCGCCCCCAAAGCCCCGCUAUGCAGGCUAGGCUAGGAGAGAAAGAGAGAACAAUGCGAAACAAGCGUGUGCGGUAGCGGAUUUCAAUGCUUGUAAGAAAGCUAGUUAUAAUAUUCACUUUCAUCGUGUCCCUAAAGGCAUUAGUGUCCGAAGAGCUCCUAUGUUAUCAGCUUCUUCUACAAUGUUAGGCUGCAAGCUAACAUGAAGAGAAGUGUGCAGGGCAGCGCUGUCUCCACUCACAACUCAGAGGCGAAUUUCUAAUGAUCUACUCAAGCUCUGCAAAAGAAAAGCUCUUCAAAGUGACACAAACUUCAUAAUCACAAUAUAAAGACCACUGAGAACACUUAAAGUAGUAGAAAAAAAAAAAACGAUCGGAGUGGGACUUUUAUCAUUAUUUUGAUUUGAUAUCUCAAAGUUGCUUGUUCUAGUCAAUCUUUAGUAACUGGAUUAGAGAUAAUUAAAAAAAUGGCUAUAAAUUAUAUACAUUUAGUUGAUUACAUGAGUUUUAAGAGUCACUUUGGGUUUUAAAUCAAUUUAAAUGAUCCAGAAAUGUGCAUAAAUUGUCUCAUUGGUGAUCCAGGCUGAGUCCCCGGCUUUGACGUGUCCCACUCAGAUGUCCUUGGAAUGAAAACUGACCGUCCAGACACAACUCAACUGUCAGCCUUUUUUCUGAUAUUUUUCAUACACUUAUAAAACAGUCUUUUGAUACAGCUGAGGGAUGUUAUUUUACUAAUAUUCUGGUCAGAGUCUGUAUAAUUUGUACAAUCCACUUAACAUGCAAAUCAGUACUUAAACCAAAUACAUAACAAUGGUUUCAGGCACUAAAAAACUUGCAGUCCUCAAGCUUGUUUGUAUGAAAAUUCCCCCCCAAAAAAACGUCUUGGUUAGGUCUUUAUUUAAAGUUGGGGCUGAAUGAAAGCCUUCUUGUUAUUAACUUUCUGGAGAACUUCCAGCUCAUGAGGCAUAAAAGCAGCAAGUUAUGUUUAAAGCGCGCAAACACAGAGUGAACCCCAUCGCUGAAUAUUAAUCCACUCAGAAUUAAUUAGCAUUUAGCUUUCUUUCAUUCUUCACUCACUUGUCUGGACAUCACUGGUGGUCUGAAAAAGUCAGAAGUACUCACCCCUCAACUUUUCUGCCUAAAAGCAAUUUCAGGUUUUCAUUAAUCAAAAGAAUAUUUGAAACUUUAAUGUGUUAAUGCAGAUUCUGCCUUCUGUUUUUACAAGGAGUUCUGUUGAGGUGGAAUUAAUUUUAAGUAGAUGUUCAUUAGUGAGGCAAAGAACGAAAUGGAAAGCUUAUGCUGAAACCUCGAAAUAGUCAGUUUUGAAGGCAAAUGGAAGUAUUAUUAAUUCAGCCUUAAGCCGACACCUGAUAGGUUUCGGUAAGAAAUGUGAACGUAUGAAUAUGCAAAAAGGUGUGUCAGAGUGUCGAGAAAUAUAAACUGAAAGGGCGUUUGUUUAAAAAGCUUUUUAAAAAAUCAUGAGAAAUGUAAAAAUCCCCUUUGUCACAGAGGAACGUGUGAAUAAUUAGCUUUUAAAUAGUCUAAUUUUUUAAAUUUUGAUCGACCAAAGAGCAUAGCAGAGUAGGUUUUUAUGAUCCUGUUGUCACUGUCACAGGAGCACAAAUAUAUGCAUCUGAGCUGCAGUUUGUGUCCUACUUUCAGAUUUGUUUACUUUUAAGAAAGCCAGAAUAUUUUUUUAACCUGAUGCAUCAUUUUCUAUUUCGGAGGACUCGUUAGCUCCCUUUUUUUCCACUCUGCACCCUCAUAAACUGUCACAGCUCAGGUCUAUGUCGCUGUUUUCCAAGUCCUGAUGUACCCUAAGACACUGUAUUCAUAAUGCUACUGUUUCCCACAAUGCAAAUAAUGAUGAUCUGUUGACAUUAGACCUGGGCUGGACCCUGUAAGCACUGUGCAACAAACCUCAAAUUGCUGUUAUGAUUGCCAGUAUGAAUGCGAAUUUACCAUGGCUCAUCAGCUCAAAACUUUACUGACUCUAUAUACAGGAUGCUAUGAAGAAAACAGAGAUUUGCUUUAAUGAACUAUUACUCUUUACCUUUGCAAAGAGUAGAGUUGCACCAAGCCAUUUUUUCCCAAUCCAAUCCAAUAUCGAUACCUGAGCUGGGUGUAACGGCUGAUAUCCAAUAUCGAUCCAAUACUACUGUUGAAUGAAUGAACUGUAUACCUUGCCCAGUGAGUGAAGGCAUCCGGCUUGACAUUAGCAAACACAGCAAAAAAGAAGUAAGACUUUGAUGUAUUAAAAGACAAAUUAAUUUGAAGAAAAAAAAAAAGACUGGAUCAGAACGCUGGAUCAGCGUCAUUCAUCAGAUAUCCAAUCCAGUUAAUUUGUCAACAUCGGAGCCGAUAUCCGAUCCAAAUAUCUGAUCGGUGCAUCCCUAGCAAAGAGUCCAGUGUUUGCAAUAAAUCAAGUGAAAUGAGGUUAGAAACAGCUCAGGAAAUAUGGUUCCUCUCUUUAUUAGGUGCUUUUUUUACAUUUUAAGCAGGAAAUUUCAGUUGUUGUUUUUAGGGCUAAGUGCUGUGCUAUUCUACCCUUUGCUCUUUUCACUCAAUACUUAAGUACUAGGGGUGGGAAUCACUAGUGGCCCCACGAUACAAUAUUAUCACAAUACUUGGGCCACGAUACGAUAUUAUUGUGAUUUUUAACAUUUUGCAAUAAAGUGAGUAUUGCAAUACAAUAUAUUGCGAUUAAGAUGACUUUUUCAACUGUUUAGCUAAUUUAACAUUUGACUUUCCUUUAUGUUUGUCUUAUUUACGCUGUAUUUAAUUUUCAUGUAGCACAUUUUGCAAACCUUAUAUAUAUAUAUUUUUUGCACUAAUUUUCUCCUGCCCCAUGAUGUCACCUCUGCCAACCUCACUGGACAAACAGUUGAUUUAUUUUCCUAUUAUUAUAGAUUUAACUUCGUAUUAUCAAUUAAUUUAAAUCAAUACUUGGUAAAUGAGAUGAUUCGAUAUAUCACCAGACAAAAUAUCGCGAUACUAUCGUAUGUAUGAACUAUGUAUCGAUUUUUUUCUCCCACCCCUAGUAAGUUCUGUUAAAGGUUCUCUUAUUGAGCAUGUCUUGUCUAAAGUAUUGUAUUUGGAGCUUCUCCUGCCACCCAGCCUGAUAUAUAUAUUUAUAUAUUUUUUUGUUUCAUGUUUUAGUCAGUAAAAUUUAACAUUUGCAAAUAAAAUAUGAAUGCUGCACUCAUUUAUGUAGCCGGUGUGCAGGCAGUGUCGUCGAACUUUACUGCCUUUUCACGUUUGAUCUUUUAUUUAGUGUCUGAGCCACGAAACAAAGAAGGUAUAUCUGCAUGUGUGCAUCAAUAUGCAGCACAAGGCAAGCCAAUGAGAAGGCCCAGAUGUCUCUAAAGGAAAAAUACACCAAUAAUUGAUGUAGCUGAAAUCAUGAAACUGACAAUGAUGCUGCUGCAGAAAGCAGUGAGAGUAGCUUCGCUGCUGUCAUAAUUGGGCUGAGAGACAGAUGGUGAGAGACUUUGAAAGAAGUCAGCUGUCUGUUAUAAAAUCCAUCCUAUGCAUGUCAGUUCAGUCUACAAGUCCCUGUUAUCAGAUGUGUGACGUUCCUGGUGUUCCACUAAACACUCACUUGCCUGUCACCGUUUCCACUAAGCUUGAAACCGGAACGUCAAGGAAUCUGUUCUCCCAGGAUCUGUCAAAGAUAAUCAAAGUUUGAACAGAUUCUGCUUUUGGACAGAUGUCAGAAAUCUGCCAUAUUGCAUAAAAAAAAAAGAUGUGUGUUUGGGAAAGAGAGUUAGUAGAAUGAUUACCUGCUUUUAUUUUUAGUUCAUGAAUUCAUAUCACAUUUCUUUUGAAUUUAAAAUCUCUUAAUUUAUUAUAUACUUUGCUAAGCUCCAGAGUGAUGACUUUUUUUGACUCCUUUGCAGUUGCACCAUGUAAAAAUGGUGUUACCUGUACUUUAUGUAAAAGUGUACAGCAAGUUAUUUCCAACAUCUGUUGAAUUGUAUUAUUACUUCACUGUUUAAUUGCAUGAAGCCAGAAUGAAUCUCCUACACUUGGGUAGUAAUAAAAUAGAAAACUAGCAAUAAAACUUUGGGUGAUUAAAACAAACGAUAUCUGAAUAAUUGAUCAGACUGAGAUACGGCGCCGCAGCUGCAGUGUGUUGGUAGUACUGCUCGACAUUUAGCAUGUGUCGGAGGGGUGAGAGAAACAGACAAUAUCUGUGCCUGAGUGGAAUAACAAAACAUGAUGCAUGAAAGGUUAAUGAGGCCUGCAGCAGUGGAGUGGCCUCUGUCAUAUGAGACUUCUCAUUUGUAGAGGACAAGGGGAGGAACCAGAGGAGGAUCGCAACUUCGAGUGUCAUAAAGACAGACUGUUGGGCUCUGAGAUGUUUUUCUCGCCGGGUGUGAAGAUGAGAGAAAGAGUCGUGGUAGUAUAGGAGUGGAGCAGAGAGGUUUACACAAAUCAUUUUCACCUGUAGCUGACGGGAUGCAGACUUGUGAGAUUAUGGACGUGUUUGGGCUUGUAUCUAUGCUGUGAUACUUCCUUUUCUCAUUAUAUGUGCAUGCAUCUAUAAGCACACACAUACAUAGCAAAACUCUCAGUUAUAUAAAUGUCAUUUAGUUACAUGAAUAUUUACUCUGAUGAUUUUUCACAAGGAUAAUUUCAAAAACAUGCGCAAGAUCUGAAAAAAAGCUUAAUGACCAUUUUUUAGUUUUAAGAGAAUUGUGAGUUUCGUUAUUUCUUGUUACACGUGACUUUAAAGUAAAGUAGAGUCUCUUUUUUUGAUUCUCACCACCGCUAUCCUCUCCUGCAGAAGAGAAGGCUGUGUGCACACCCAUUCCUGGAGAUCUACAGAGAGGGACACAUCCAUUUCAUGGCCCCCUUGGCUCGACAGGGAGAUUUCUACGUUCCUGAGCUGCGGCGUGUGGAGAGGAAACUGUCGGAACAAGAGGAAAUGCACAGUGACUCGGAUGUCUCAGGUGAGUGGUAAACCAACCAGGCUUCAAAUCCCCCAGGAACGCACCAGUAGGGGAGUGAAUUUACUGAAGUACAGGAUGUGUUAUUGGUCAACCAAUAUCAGUUUUUCAACUGCUGAGUGUCUGUACUUUAUAUGAAUAUUUUGGGGAAACUCUCUCACUCCACUAGGGCUGAAACGAUUCCUUGAGUACCUCGAUUACAAAAAAUGAUGGAGGGAUUUUCUCUGCCUCAAGUACUCGUUUUAAAGCUCAAAUUGUCACGUCAAUCAUCGCGCUUACAUCACCACGGUAGAAGGAGUAAGCCCGGUUUUGGUUUGGCGGAGCAGAGAAAAUGAACGACGGGCAUUCAUGCAUGAUAAAAGCUAGUAUCUUACAAUAUCUUAUUUAACGCACACGCUUGUUCUGCAUUCCUUGUGUCAAAAAAUGGGAAAAAAAUUAUUGUUCAUUAUAAAGUUAAAUGUCUUAUUUUCUCUUGUAUACUAAUAAUUGCACUAACAAAAUUAUGUUUUAUCCGAUUACUCGGUUAAUCAAUUGAAUAUUCGGUAGAAUACGCAAUUACUAAAAUAUUCAAAAUUGGCAGCCCUACUCUCCACUACAUAUGAAAGUCAAAUAUUGUACUUUUUGACCCCACUCCAUCACAUUUGAGUGUUUUGAGCUUUUGCUCAGAGUAAGCUGAUUAAUUUUCUCUUCCUCUUUAAUAUUUGAACAGGAGAAAAAUAAAACGUGUAGUUUGGGUUAAACACGGAAGAAGCGCAGAGCAAACGUCACUCAAAACAAGCAGGUCAUUUCUGCAGACGCCUCUCAGUCUCAGCCACGGUUAUAAAAACAAAUUGUUUUAAAUGUUUGCAUCUUUACUUUGUUGUGUACUUUGUUCUCUGGUCAUAUUUUACUGCCAGAUAUAGCUGCCUACUUUUUCAUUAUUGCAGAAUGAAAUCGCUGUCAUGUGUACGUAUGACGGUCAUGCAGCAAAACCAUCUAACUAGAUAGAGAAAGAACCACUGUCUGUGUGUCUGAGUGGACGUACAGUAACGUCUGCUAUCAGUAGUUAGGAAACUUCUAUUUAUUAUUCAAAUGUUUUAUUUUUUCAUUAAAAAAAAAAAAAACUUCCACUCAAGUAUCGAAGUCAAACCUGAAUCUCUGAAAAGGACCUUGGUCUUUUUUAUCCUUGAGAAGUUCUCGCAGAGAUAUGGGAUGUGUUUGGGGUCAUAAUCACGUUGCAGUAUGAAUGCUCCUGCAGAAGUAAACAAACAAGAGUGAAACGCAAGCCUUUCAAGGACAGAGUGGUACUUCAUGGUCAGGGUGAAGUCCAUGUGGGUCAGGUAGCCGGCUCCACAGUUUGCAAAACAUCCCCAUGUCUCGAAACACAAACCACCAGAUUUCACUACCGGUUUAAUCCUGUCCAACAUCACCCUCUCUCCAGUUUGUUCACAUAUGGACACCUCCCUAUCCUUUAACCUGUACAAAUAAGACCUUUUUCACUCACCAUUUUUUUUUUCUGCUGGUAUUUUUUCAUCUGCGUAACACUCAAACUUGUUUCCCCUCCUUUGGAGUGGUUUAGAUAAUCAUCCCUCAUCCUCUGAGACCAAAUCAAGGCAGCUGUGUUUUGACACUUCUUUUUUUUCUUAUUAGUCCUGAAUUCUUUAUUUAGCGAUUCCUUUUCAGUGAAAAGGUUACUGUUCUCUUUUCGGGAAGCUUGUAUUGAUCUCCUGAUGGUUUCUGUUGUCAUUUUCAGUUUAUCUGAUGGUGCUUUUGAUGAAGCUGACCUGGUUUCUGCAAAGUGUUUUAUAGUUCUACGCACUUUCCCCCUACAAACCUGAAACCUAGGCAUGAUCACACACUGAGAAAGAGCCUCUUUUACUCAUUUUAACUUCUGAUGCUCUUACAUAUUUCCGAUGCCAUUUUCGGAUUGUUGUUUGCACGCAUGCUCCAAUGUAAUCAUCUGCAGAAACCUGACCUGUUUCAAAAGAAAUUAAGUUUGUCUCUAUUGUCAGGAUUGUUAAAAACACCAACUUGAUAUGGUUUGAACUGUUUUUGAAUCCUUAGACAUUCAGAUUACUUCCAGGAAAUUUUGAAUGUGGUGUCAGACUUCAGACCAAUCUGGAAAGGUGUUUUUCUUUCCUUUUGCUAUUUUCUUAUUUUCCUUCUUCAUAUUUUGUGGGCAUGAGGGCUCAAGUUAAUGCAAUAUAAAGUGUGAAGAAAACUAAUGCAAGCAGCCAAUAUUGCAGACAGCACUUCAAGAGGCUAAGCAGUUAGCACAGCUGGAACAGCUCUAUCCAAAACAUAGACUGUAUGUAGAAUGGGCGCCGUCUGCCUCCUCGCUGGGUGAAGCCUCCCUGAAAACAGCACCCUCUGGUGACGGGCUGCAGUAUAGGUCAUAAAUCCCGCCUCCUCCAGCAAUCCCUAUGGAGCUGUGGACAAACUAAAAAAAAUUCCAUAGUAUAUACAGUCUAUGGUCCAAAACUAACUCUGCACAGUACGUUAUAGUUUGAUACAGACAGGAAUUCCUGCCUUUCCAUCCAUUUUUAAAAGUAUUUAUUAUUUAGCUGUGUAUUAUAUAAUUAAUAUCCUUUUGGAAACUUUGGGGAUUUGGUCCAAGACCUGCCUCAGCUGCAUUUUUGAGAGGAUAUGGGGAUACCAAAUCAACCUUUGAGCAAAACACAGUCAUACUGUAUUAUAUCUCACAUGUGUUGUAGUGUAUGGUUUAAUAAGCACAUGUCCAUUUACAGCAUAUUUGGAGCAAGAGCCGCAUUGGACUAACUACAGGCAUCGGUCAAAUUCCAAAUGAUGAACAUGAAUGAAUACUUACUCCUUUAAUAAUCUCUUUAAGCAACAUAUCUGACUCUUCGACAUUGACACUUUGGAGAGACAUGGUCUAUCGUUUUUUCUUUUUUUUUUUAAAUCAACAAUCUGCAUCAAAAAGCCAACAACAAUUUCUCUCAGGAAAUUGAUUUUGAGGUAUUUGGGUUUUCUUACUUUGUCCAAGCACAUUAAGCCCUCUGUGUGUUGGUUUCAGCAUCCAGUCGUGGUUGUUUCCUGUGGGGUAGGACCCUGGAGAUUUAAGAUGUUGUUUCCACUGCUGUUUUGUUUAUGAGCCGCCUCACAGAGGUAAACUGUGAUUGACACCUUCUCAGGUGUUAAUGAAAAGCCCUGACACAACAGCCUCUGGUGGAUGUGUGCUGCCACUCACUGAGGGACAUUCCACAGCUUCACGGACACCCUGUGAGCAACUUGAUUUCAGUGUAAAAACAAGCUCAGGCACUUUAACACAAUAUUUCACUUGAUACUAAUUUAUCCUCCUGAGAAAUAAAACCGUGUGGAUGAUUUUUUUUCAAGAGUCAAUACUGAAUAAAGCAGGUCUGUUCAUUAUUUGAACAGGGUAUGAAAAUUAGCCUUUGAGAAAAUUUAAGGUUAAUAACAUCUGACUGCCACAGCUUAACACAAGGCCACAGUGUUCAUUUCCAUUUAGUCAAUAAAAGCAACAAAUACAGAUAAAUGCAAAUGAUGUCAGAUAUGUGGUACCAGUUGGAUUUAAUGUUUGAACAGAUUGGUUAGAGACAGAGAAAUAUUUAUAUCGGAUGAUUGGAAAAAAUGUAUUAAAACUUGAAAAGCCCAUAAUUAAUUUUAGUGUUGCCAUUUAUGCAGUGGUUUUUGAUUUCCUCAUUGCUGAACUACACAACCUCAUAUGACAAAGUUGGGUUCAGUCUUGCCUAGUAUGAGAGUUUAACAGAGGGAUAACCUUCAGUAAAAAUAUUGCAGUUUUAUGGUAUCACUGUAUAGUGAUACAGCUCUAAAAUAUGUUACCUUGACAUAUUCAGGACUUUUUUUUUUUUACCUUGAACACAUUGUAUUUUAUUUUCAAAAAACAUGUAAAAUAUUUGGAAAUUAGCGAACAUGUAUUUUGACUUACAAUAAAAUAAAUGAAAAUUGAUAUCGCUACUACCACCAAGAAUAAUGUCAAAUAACCUGAAUCUGUUAUUUCAAUGUUUAUGCACAGAAAGCCAUCCCAGAAAGGAGCUUCUCAGAUAUGACAAGUAUCCUCUGUCCUGGUUAAUUGGGUGAUCAGUCCCACCACAGACAUAAUAUAUGUAGAUGCCUCAUAGACUGACCCUGCAACAAUCUUGGAUGGGUCCCCCAUGCGCCCCUAAUCCAUUUAUUUCUAUUGAGGUGGGUAGGAAUGCCCAACUAUAUUAAUCAUAACUCCCUGGAUUUUUACCCAAUUUUCACACAGUUUGGUUUGUUAAAAACGGCAGAGAUGAAGCUAUGAUACAGGACGCUGUCACACAAAAAAAUAACCAAAUUAUUUUUCAAUCUUACUCAUGAAAUGUGAUCAUGUGAUCUGGUUUCAAUACUGCUCUGGUUUUUGCAACCAUAAGUUACACAAAACAGGCAUAUUUGGUCGUUCUCCGUUGACUCCGUUUGGCUCUAGUGUGAGUCUAGAGUGACCUACCUUGAAGCCAGUAACCAACCCAUUGCUAGUUUGGUUGGGUAGCUCAUGUAACUCCACCUCAAAAAAAAGCAAACUAUCCCUUUAAAUCAGCAUAAAAUAGUGGUUAUCAGUAUUAUCUGAUACGCUUCCUUGGUAAGAAGGUCUGUGCUUGCUUUAUCAAUCACCAUCAACACAAUGUGGUGUAUCAGUCAGACUUUCAAGAGGUCAUACUCAUUUCACUAAUUUUUGUUCAGACCAGGUCUUGUCUUUAAAAAUGGGUCCAAAAUGUCUCAAGAGUGUUAGCUUUGACUAGAAACUUCUCUGGAUUUUGAGUUAAAAAUAAAUAACUUGUGAACUAACAUUCUUGUGGACUCUCAGUCCUGACUUAAGGCAAUCUGUUCUCUUAAUUAGUUCAGUUGUGUACAAGUUACUCAUGUUUAAUUCAAACAAAACUCCAGCCACCACAUUUUUGGACAAAUGUCUCCUUAUCCUUCAACCACAAGCUUAAACUUCACAAUCUCUAUGCCUCAAAAAUGGAGCUGAAUUCAGUGGAGCUGACAGAUCCAGUGCGACUUGGCUGCAGCGCAGAGUGGGAAUGACAUUUAGGUCCAUGACUGUGAAUGAUAAUGUGACAGGUAGCCGUGCCCCUGUCACACUUGAAUCAGCUCAGCCAGGUCAGUGGAGCAUUCGGGACACUGGAGGCUUCUUUGGUCCAUAGACCCCAAGUACCCCUUCUUCAUCUGCCCCUAUCUACCACCUCUCAUAUGGACCCUGUUUCAGUGACCGGAUCAACCCCCGGCCCUCCUCACUGUCAGACGGUGAUCUAAAAUCCCCCUGUCAUACCCUAACAUGGUUCAGUCUGUAGAGCUACACAAGGGGCCUUGUCACCAGAGCUACUCUGAAUUCUUAAGGGGCAAGUUCACGUCAGACCUCAUGUCCUGUCAAAAUAGGUCUUGAUUCAAAUCUGAAGUGCUAGUUGUGCCACCGUUUGCCCUGAAUGCAAGUCAACUACAAUCUUUAAAGUUUUUUAUUUUUUUUAUUUUGGUGUUGAUAAAAAGAAAAGAUACCAUGUUGUCCUAUUUUAAAAAGUCAUUUAAAAUAUUGUGACCAUCUCGCAUAUGAUCUGUAAAGUAUAAUGCCAAGUCAAGCGCAACCAGUUUAGCUUAGUAAAAAAAAGUCUGGUGCAUGGAGAGCUAGUCAGUUUACUGAAAAUAAAUUAAAGAAAUCAGGCAACUCGCAUUUCUGCAGCUAUCACAUCCAAACAAUAUGAACUGUUUGUUAAAAAUCUGCACAAAAACUAAGCUAUAGAAGUCAAAAGUUAUGGCAUCACAGAGAUAUUGUCCAGUUGCAGUAUUGUCCAUUUCUUAGCCUUGUGCAAUGACGUCAUGAUGUGUGUCUUUAUCAUGAGAUAACAAGCCAGUCGGCAGAAACCAUUUAAUUAACAGACAUGUCAAUUAGGGUGCUCAAAAUAAAUGGCUGCUGAUGUUUUUCAUACCGUACAGUCAUGCAUUGACUUUUUAGGCACUGGAGCCUGUAUUUCCACUCAAUAAAGCAUCUGACCAUCCAUUGAUCGGUUCAUUCAUUCAUCCAUUAUGCUCAGCUGAACUUAUUGCUCCCACUUCGGCUUCAUUUUAGGGGCCUGUGUCCACCAGCAGCAUUUCUUAUGUUGACAGCGCCCAAAACCUUAACUUCAGAGUACAAAAACAAGUGGUGAAUUCCUCCUCUGGACUGACUUCUGCCAUCAUUGUUGACAAAAGAAAAGCUGCUGUUGCCAUUAGGGAUGGGAAUCACCAGUAAACCCCACGAUAAGAUGUUGUCAUCUUACUUGGGCCAAAAGACGAUAUUAUUGCGAUACAGUGAGUAUUGCGAUACAAUAUAUUGCCAUUUAUAAAAAAAUUUUCAACUGUUUAGCUAAUUUAGUAUUUGGCUUUCAUUUAUGUUUGUCUUAUUCACACAGAAUUUGAUUUUAUUUUUCCAUUAUUAUAGAUUUGACCUCAUAUUAGCAAUUAAUUUGAAAAAUAGAUACUUGGUAAAUGAGGCAAUACGAUAUAUCACCAGACAAAAUAUCACAAUACUAUGAUUUAUCAAUUUGUUCUCCCACCCUGAGUCGCCAUCAGAGGUCCUGCCCUCUCUUGAUUUUGAUUGGUCAGUGAUGGAGAAGUGACGGUGACAGGUGCAGAAGUGCCCGAUAGUGACUGAACUAUAAAAUUAAAAGAGAAAACCUUGAGCUGCAUUGGUUUUGUAUAGAAGAUAGUGCAAAAAUAGUGUUUAUGGAUACAGGCCCCAAAUCAUUAACGGAAGUGGUAUCAAUUCUCUCCACUAACUCUCUAUAUGGAAACUAAUAAGCAUCAUUUUUACCGUGUUGAGUAGGGAUUUCCCAAUCUGGAUCUCAACUAGUAGAUCAAGCAAGGCUGAUCAGGGUCCUGAGUGUCACAGUAUUCACAGUCGUGUUAGCAGGCAGUCUUUGGUAAUCCAAGUACCAAGUCAAGUUUCACAACAACUGUGCAACAAGUCCCUUUUUGCAACCCAGGUCUUUGUAACCUCCUAAACUUACAGCUGUGAUUUCUGGGAAUUACCUAAAAGUUUGGCCGGAAGCAAAUUUUAUUCGACGGUAUUGUUGCUGGAAUAAUACAAUUAUGUUUCUGCUUAAUCAGUCUGUCAGUUUUGAGCACCAUAAAUCUUAACCUGCUCAAAUUGUGCCACAGUUCUUUCUCUAUUUUCAUCCUAGUAAAGGAUCAACUGUCACUCACAUGCAUGCAGAGACGGCACCUGGAGGCACCACUAAACCCUUCCAAUCAAAUACUGAGGAAAAAAAUGAAGAUAUCACGCCUAAUGUGUAUCUUCGAAUCCAAAUGGGAUUUUUCUUCCCCGUUGACUGAUUAAAUUUUGAGACUCGCUUCAGGCAUUCCACUAGCGGAGGAAAACUAACACAAGAGCAAAGUGGUGGCUGUCUGAGAGCUCAGUGUGCAUAUUUUUAAUGUUUGAUUUACACUUGGCUCCGUGCUUCAAAUGCUUACCAGGAGGCUGUAAAUUAAUCCGUGAGUGCUUUCUGCUGGAUUCAAAGUUGGUUAGGUUUUACGUGAAUAUUAAAUAAAUACUCAUAAAUAUAAUUAUGAGGGUUUUUUUGUGUGUGUAUGCAUUGUGUUUAGUGCUUAUUGUGUUUCAUUUGCCCCCAUGUAUACAAUGAUUCUACUUUUCAUAGAGCGCUGCCUUAUUCCCAUUAAUCAGUCGAUCAGAUGUGUGCAGUUAAUUUGAAAUGUCUUGUUCAAACUCACACAUCGUGUGUCAACAUGAAGUGAUUUCUCAUGCCAUGCUGUAUAUCUCUGCUCUCAUCUAACAAGUUCAGAGAUCAGAGUUAUUCGGCGAUGUGUGACACAUGAAGUCUUUUCAUAGUAAUGUUCUACACUCUCUGUAUUUUCACACCAUCUCCACUUUUGGUCUUUUUUCAUUUCAUGUGAGAAGAAUCUUCAGCACAGUUCAGAGUUGUGACUUUUAAUCUCUUCCUCUAACUUCCUUUUUGCUAAAUAAGGAAGAAAAAAGUUUUGUUUGUAGUUAAAGAGCCUAUACUUUAAAGAUUGAUUGUGCUAAAUUUUAAGCUUCUGAAUUUUAGGCCAUUCAUUUUCUUCUUCAAUUGCUAGUGUUGAUCAAAAGUGCAAAAAUCCAAUGUCCAAACUCAGUGACCCCUGAUAAAUUGACCCACGUCUUCAUGUCUUCACCACCUGAAAUAUGAUGUUUAGCCUCUUUCUGGCCUUUCUUCAUUGUUUUGUAUGAAAGGUUAAUUUUUAGCCAUUUGUAUUCAUCAAUACCUGGUCUGAAGUCAAUGACAGGCUUUCUUAUUGUGCAGGGGUAUUGAUUUGAGAACAUGAAAACACUCCCAGAUACACAAAGACAAAAAGGUCAGCAUAACAGCUCACACAGGUGUGAUAUUGAUCCUAUUUACCUGCAAGAAGCCGACUGAAAAACCACCGAGGACAGUGGAGAGGCUGUGCUGCUUCCAUGAACUGUCCAAUUAAAGGGCAGAGACCUUUAGCUUACAGGGAGUUUCUAAUUAACAACAUUUCAGGGACUAUUCUGAGUAUCUACCACAAGUCCCAGCAUGAGGUGUUGCUUCUCAUCCCCUGGUUCAUUAACAAAUUAAAAUGUGCCACAGGAAAGAAUUACUAUAGCUUUGUCUCAUACAAAUGAAGGGGGAAAAGUAAUGAAUAUGCAAGAUGUAUCCAAGCUGUUUCUGCAAAAUAUGGAUUAUUGAAUUGAUAUUAAAGAUCCAGAAAUGAGUUUUUUUUUUAAACUGAACCAGAUUUAAACAGAUUGAAAUGAAUACUACUGCCUCUGUAUGACCUAAAGCAAACAACGCCACUGGAAAUAAGACUUAUCAUUUAUUUAUUGUUAUUUUUAAACGCUGUUGCGGGGUAAAUGUCAGAUGAAGUGAUGUACAGUGUGCACAACAGCAGCCUCUUUUUUAACAUUUUCCACAGCAAAGAUUCUCCAUGAGUGGUGCAUUUUGCUUUUUGCAAAAGUGCAAGAUGAAACUUAACAAAAAACACAUCUAUCAGAUAAAACAACUUCAAGGGAAAGGGUACCACUUUGUCUACAGGGUGUCUGAUAUCCUGGUGAAUGCACAAGCAUAUUCGGUGUGAUGGCAGGGUAUUCCCAUUUGCUUUUCAACAUUUCGAGCCCACAUAAGGGGACUUAUCCAUGAGGAUGUCACAGCCAGUACCAGAGGACUGGACUCAGGAUGGUAAAACUAGGAGGGAAGUCGACUCAAAGAUCCAAAUAAUACAAAGCAUAGUUGUUAAUUGUCGCUGUAACUUUUUUCCUGAUAUUAAUCAGCUCUAAAACAAAGCAUCAGAGUAAACAAGCUGUGUAACAUAAAUUAGGAUUAGCUUGGUAGCUGUAAAAGAAGUAACGUCAAACUGGAUUGCUAAAUGAAGAGCCUUGUUGAGUUGGGUUUGGAGAAAAAAGUCAAUUCACAUAAGUAUCGCGAUUUUUUGUUUUACAAUUUUUAAAUAAAUUUGUAUGUUCAAAAUUAGAUUUUUAUAUAUAUUUUUUUCACAUUUAAGAAUAAAUCUCAAAAACUGACUUACAUGUGAUGUGUAUUUUUGGGGGAAUUAAAGUUCCUGGAAUAUUCAGUCGACAAUCAUAAUCAUUCUACUUUUUCACUGAUGUUAAAAAUGCAGACUAAAAAUUGAGAAAAUCGACAAUAUCGUAGAAUCGCAAUUUAAAUCGAAUCGGCAUCCAAAAAAUCGUAGAAGAAUCAAAUCGGGAGAAAAGCAUAUCGUCCCAGCCCUAUUAUUUAGUCUCAUUGAGGAGCACAAAAGAUCAAUACAACAACUCUAAGGGUAGAGUCCCAUUCAGUGAAUUGCGCUGAGUUUAGUAAGUUAAGUUUAUACUGAUUUUCCGCAUCGUUUUAUGAACUUUAAACAAAUUCAGCUCUUAUUUUACUGAUACCUCAAACAUUAAAAGCCAACACAUCCUCAUUAUUAACUUAACUUCUUUAGAGUAAAUUGUUUUCAAGCUGAUGCACUGAACUCAACAUUGAUUUUGUACACAUACUUUAUUGGCACAAGCAUGCUAGCUGUUAGUGUUGUUUUACUGCCUUGAACUUUGUUAAAAAAAACUCUACAAAGCAUAUUAAAUAUGAUACUAGCAAUUUGUAAUUGUAGAUAUAUCUUUACUGCAUGCAAAUGUUGACUAAAUAAUAGAUGAGUUCAGUGUAAACAAGUGCACAAUUUAUGGAGGACUAGUGUUUAUUCUGGACUGAAGUCACAGUGUGCUUCUAAAAGCUUCAUGCAGAUUUUGCUUGAAUCCCUGCUCUGUAUUUUUGGACAGCAUAUCUUUUCUCAUGUGGUGUUUGUUUAUAGAAGUCCUCUCACCAUCUGUCCACUCCCUCCUUUUGUUCUCUCACUGCUCUAGGUGCCGACUCCAACAGUGAAUACAGCUCAGGGAGUGGGGUCCUCCUCUCAGACAGCAGAGAGACAUCCCUCGCGGGGUCUUCGGUCCGCUCUGUGCCUCUCCAGGAUCAAGAGGAGAGACACUACAGAGGGAGAAGCUCAGGGGGGAUCUCCCUAAAAGAGCUGGACUGGGAGCAGACUGGUGGACAGCCGGCUGAGAAAGAAGAGCCUCUUCACGAAGACUCCGACCACAAGAGCCUGGAGGCUCCCACGCAGGAGUGGUGGGGUGUUGUUGGAGGAGAGGAGUAAGAGUUCAGUGAAGAUGUAGAAAAGGAUUGAAGAUGAAAAAAGGAGUAAAGUUAGAGAUAAAUGGACAUGCUGUUUAUGAGGCAUGUCUCAAAGUCAGGUCUUGACAGAAAUGAAAUGGGGAAAACAUCAAAGUAUUAGAAGGCUGAGAUUAUAAGCCCACAUUUGUUAUUGUGAACAAAACCUGUGAAAAGACUGAUUGUGCUAACCUGUUUUUACAAACUUAUUUAAAGCAGUUUGUCAUAACUUCAAACAAUUAAAGCAGGCGAAAAAACAUUUACUCUCCAAAACACCUGGGUACUGUAGUUUAUUUUAGGAAACAUAUCACCAGGCGUACAUGGUGCUUAUGUUUAGCUGAUGAUUAUUAAUAUACAGCUUUGACUGAGGCAGAUGGUUAGACAAAGGACCAUAUUCACAUGACGACUGCACACAUGUCCAAACAUCUUGCAACCAUUAGUCUCUCUUGUGCAUUUGUUAUAUUGAAAAUGCACAAGAUAUGAGAAAUAUAAGAGAUCUAUGGAGUAAACAAAUAAGCAAUUUAAAAGUUGGUCACCAAACUGAUCAUUUAGCUGUAGAUUCAAUCCAUUUAAAAAUUUAGUCUUUUCUAUAGAGACUUACUUACUUGACUCUUUUAGUAGCACAUUUUAACCUGAAGGUAUUGCAUUUUGCUAUAUUUUAGUGACAGAAAGGAUCUACUUGAAACAGCAGAAAACAUCCAGGAAGCCUGAGGUACUUGAAACAUUUUUUUACAGAAGAAAUGUGUCAAAGAGACACGAGAUGACUGAGUGAAGUAUUUUAGCCAAAGUAUUUUACUUGAAAAUCAAUAAAUGCUUUGUAUUUUUGUUGAGAUUCCAACAGUUUGCAGUAUAAUUACAUUGUUUGAAGAGUAUAACAAAAUCUGCUGUAUAAAAUGCAUAACCACUUGUAUUGCUGACAAGAUUUUUGCUGUCCAGACGUUUCUUGGAAUUUUUUUUGUUUCAGAGAUACCUAACCCUUUAUUCACAGGUAGAUUUAUUUAUUUCAAUCUGUAGACUGGAUGAAAAAUAGGGAAUUAGCUACUUGGGGUUAAAAGUAAAGCUAAAUAUGCAGUGACUGAAACUUGAACAGCAGGGGGCGACUGUACUGGUUUGAGAAGUAGCCUGAGAUGAGAAAAGUUUUCAGCUUUAUAAUCACCUUAGUCAUCUUCAUUUGAUUAUAAGUUAUUGGUCUUAACUGAAAGAUACAAGCAAUCAACAAGUCACCCUUUUUGUAUAUGUAUUGGAGUAAAAUUGGUCGAAAUGGCUACUACACUUUAGGGCUACUUGUCAACUUGGAAACAACUUGUUGUUUAGAUACAUUCCCUUCCAGUCCUACAAAAGUUGACAACAGUCAAAAUGCCAAACUUUAGAUUUCAAGUUAAAUCUCCAAUGAGGAUUUUUUUUCAUAAUUAUGAAAUAGACUGAAAACUAUAUCGAUGCCUUUUCAAUUUUCAUGAUAUUCAAAAGCAAACAAAGACCAUCUGCGAUAUGAUUGAUGUUCUUAUGUUGUAAUUUUUAAAGCCUGAAACUGGUGUGAGGGAGUUGUCUGCGGGAUAAUGAGAAACAGCCCUGUUUUUUUAAAUAAUCAGAUUUUAUUUUAUUUUCAGAAUUUACAUAGAGGCAUACAACAUUAAGCAGUGGCCUGAUCUAGGGAACAAUAAUUAAUAAAUAGAUUUCAAAUAAGUGUAAAUUGACAAGAAAAUGAUAAAACAUGAGGGGAAAAAAAGAAAAAACAACAACACAACAUUGUAUCAUCAAAUAAAGAAAUAUGUGUCCUUGUACUUAUUAAUAAGUAUUUCUUAUCACCAGUCAGCUCAGUCUGGGACCUUUAAAACCAUUGUCUCCUCUCAAAAUAGUUUCACUUCGACCUUUAUUCAAGUAACCCAUGAGGGGUCGCCAUGUGUCCUUAAAAAUAUCGUCAUUCCCCUUUAAUUUGUCACUUCCAUCGGAAAAACUCUAAAAGUUUCUUUGUACCACUGAGUUACACUGGGAGGUUUCUCACUAGUCCAAUUAACAGCCCUGUUUUUAAUCAUUUCCCUUUAAAAUACCCACAAUAAAUGAAAUGUUUGAUUGUUAAAAGCCAGUAGGAAUAGAUAUUUUUGUCAAAGUCACUACUUAAAAGUUUAAAAGACAAGAUAAGGAAGACUGUUUUGUCUCCAGUUGGCACCAAAAUAGACAAAAACCAAAAGUUCCUCAUUGGGGCUUAAAAAUAAACAAGGGUGACAUUUUGAUAAAUUGUCCUUACCUUUUAUGCAGUCUACAGUAGAGGCCAAGAUAAAGCACUGAAAUUCUUGGCAGAUCCAUCUUUUACUUUUUUUUUUUGUUUGUUCGACUGAAUAUUUGGAGCCUUGUUGCAAGUUGUAAAAGUUUGUAUUUUUAAAGUUUUUAUGUUGGCAGAGCUAUUUUGUUGAUGUACAUAAAAUGUUCUGUUUAAAUCAGAAGAGAAAGGUGUGAAUGAGGGCAUAAUUACCUCCUACCUACACUCCGAACGACCACCUCUGAGCCUGGGAGCGUGAUUAUCGUGAGAGUAAAGUGUGCUGCCGUUAUCACUCACGGGCAGGAUUACAAGACAAGUGGGCUGACCAUUAAUAUUCAUUUGACUAUUAGUGAAAGCAAAGCUCAGCGUCUCUGCUCUGUAUUUACAGUCACUCCACAUCUGGCCUGGAGCAUCCUCUAAUUACCCUCACACAUUCACUCCCGGAUCAUUUAUUUUCUGUUUAGCCAUCAGAUUCUUUCUCAACCUUUCCCCCAUCUGCUGUCUCUUUACACAGGCUAAUUUUUUUUUGUCCUUUUCUCAUCAUCUUCUUUUGUUCCCUCAGAGACGAAUACAACAGCUGCAGCCUGAAAAACCACUAGAUGACCCGGAGUCUUUAAUGUAUGUCCAGUCAUAUCCAUAUCCUUUAUCUUCAAACAAAUAAGAGAUCACUCUGAGCUCUUCACAGAAGGCCAUGCUCGCUUGGAGAGUGAGAGAAAGCCGUAUGCACUAUGCCAUUAAAAAACCUUGGCGUAUUUUGAAGAUCCUCCUGAUUACCAUUCUCACUUUGCCACAAAUGUGUACCACCUGUGGAAAAACAUACUGAAGCCUGUCUUUCAUUUUUGCUGUUUUGUAUUUACAAUGAAAGUGGCUUUACUGUGAUAAAGCUUUGACAUUUAAUUGUUGGAUAAACAGGCAGUUCUGAGAGCAUUAGUCAUCCGAGAAAGUCUACAAAAUGUAACCCCCAGACUGCUCAAAUUUCGUCCAAAUUAAAGCUGUUUUGAAACCACUCA